GUCUAACUCAUCUGGACAAUCAUGACUUGUAAAGGAAUGAAUGCAUCUUUUAUAGCCCUUAACACCCAAAAGAAAAAAUCCGCAAGGUUUAAAAGUGCAAAGGAAAGUCCAUCCGAACGAAGAGAGUUUAAACUCCAGAGCCUUCGUUAAGAUGCUCCUUAGAUAUUUUCAGAACAGUUUUAUCAUGCCAAGAAUUGGGAUGUUGUCAAGUCGUUGCUGCGUACUUUUUCUUAUGGUUAUCCUCGUACACCUGACCCUUAUAGGAUGGACAAGAUCAGAAAGUAUAUACCAACAGGUGAGCCACUAAUACACAUUAAAUGUAUCUAACAAGUCCUUCUUGGAAACAGUAUAUGCCUUCUUCUCUUGCAUACUGAAUGAAAUGUGUUUGUACAUUUUUGAAAUACUAUGAAAAAUUUGCUUAUAGCAAUAUCCAAUCUAAAACAACCUUGAAUAAUGUUCUAUUUUUUUUUUUUUUUUUUUUUAAAUAAUGAGGCAUUUUUCUUUAUGUCAUUAAACACGGAUGGUAAAGGAAGAUUUAACUAGGUUCAAGCAGGAUUACAUUAAUCAAAAGUAACUGACGGAAUAUUUACCUUCUGUAUGUACACAAAAUGUCAUUUAUUGCACACUUAAUUUGUAGUGUAUAUGAAAAUUCAAAUAUACCAAGAAGAGGGAAAAAAAAAACUUAUUCUGGUUUAUAAACCAAAUGCAAAGCUCUGUUGUGAUAUAGGGGUUUAUUGACUAAACUCUGAAUUGUAUCAGAUUGAAAUUAAAAACUUAAAAUUUGGGAUAAAAGACAGGCUUGAAAAAAAAAUCUGUAGCUGAUUUAUAGUCACAGUUUGGUUAUUUUAGUUUAGGUUUCACCUUUCUAAUUUCAUAUUGCCAAAAUUCCAAGUUUAGUGAAUAUGUCCCCUGGAGUUCUUAUGGUAUAUAUUAUAUAUUUAGUACAGGUGGACUACGCUCCCUGUAAAAUAUCUAGCAUAACAGAAACUGCAAUCAGUUUCUUAAAAUAAUUUUUAAAAAAAGUUUUUCCCUUAACGUUUAUGGCAACAGUACUGGUGGAAACUUGUGCAAUUAUGGUCCAUUUUACUGUUUUUUUCUCCAGGGUAUUUGAAAAGUAUUUUGUGAAGGUUUCUCAGACAAUAUCACGAGACGACUGUUUACAUGGAAAUCACUGAUCCCAUGAAAUAACUUGCUCGGAACUUCUGAAAAUAAGAGUUUUAGGAAUUUUGAUACUAUAUAUAUUUAUCUGAAAAACAACUAGUCAACUAGUGAGCCUAUAAAUUAUAAUCUGUUGAUCAGUUAAUUGUUGCCAUACGAUGUCCCAUCUUGGGAACAAAUGUGUACGAGAAGAAAAUAGUAUCUGGGGAAAUAUAAGCCCAAAAAAAUAGAUGUCUAGCUUAUAUAGUAAAGUAAAGCGGAACGCUUCGGACAUGCACAAGGCAAGCCUAAAAAAUAAACAAACAAAAUCAGCCUUGGAUUUCGUUCUGCUCAGACCAGAUCGAGGAAUGGAUUCUUAUCUGCCAUCACAAGCUGUAAUUGAAUAGCACAAGCUAAAGUCUAUCAUUCGUUUUUACGACAUGUUAAUUUGACCUUAUAAGUGUUGGCAUACGUUAAUGUUGUGUUAGAGAAGACAAUAUUUAUUCUUAAAUAAUGCACUAUUUUUUCCAUUUUGUAGUUUUUGUGUAGAAAACUGGAGAAUUAUCUAAUUGUAGUCUUGGUGACAAUAACCAACAUUAUUUAAAGAUACUUGGAAAGAAGUUAUAAAAAUGUGUUCUCGCUUUUUUUUUCCAUGGCACAAGUAAAUACUUGAACCACGCUUACUAGAGCGAAUAAAAAAACAAAACGACUCCGACAAAAUCAUGACUGACAGUUUGUAUGUAAGUUAAUCUCCCUUCCCAUACUGGCAUGAGUCCCACAGAACUUCCUACCUGGAGCUCAAUCCUCCAGUACUGGAAAAAUGCUGGUGAUCCUAGUAUUUCACAAGUGUAUUAAAGGGACACUCCAAACACUAAAACAAUGUUAGCUUAAUGAAGCCGUUUAGUUGUAAAGAUCAUGCCACCGUAGUCUCAUUCCUCAAUUCUCUGUCCUUUAACCCCUUAAGGACACAUGACAUGUGUGACAUGUCAUGAUUCCCUUUUAUUCCAGAAGUUUGGUCCUUAAGGGGUUAAUUAGGUAAAUCGAUUUGUUUAUACAGCACCAGCCACACCUCCCCUGGCUGUAUCUCACAUAGCCUUUAUGUGGGGGAAAAAAGAGUAUUUUUCAAUCAGAUCUUACAGCGCAGUGUGUUUAAGUUAGACCUUCUUAUCUCCAACAACUUAAUAACUUGAUGGCCAAGAGUCUUUUUUUCAACCUAGAUUACAAUGUAACUAUGUGAGGAGCUACUGGCAUGACAUCCAACUGAUGUGAUGUCCAACAAUUCUCUGUUCCAGCUAUGAAUCGUGUGGAAAUCAUUGGUAGAUAAUACUCAUUAUCAGCAAUUAUGACAACAUUAAAUAGUCCAUAGAAGGUCCUUCUGUGUUUUGGAUCAUGAUAACUUUACUCACUUUUGAACCUCCACUGGCCAAGGGGGUGGAAGGAGGGAACCGAGUAUCCAAAAUAAGCAUGUUUAUUAUUACUAUGUAUAUAGCGCCAACAUGUUCCACAGCCCUUUGCAAUUACUAGAAUGCGGAUAGAUCACAACAAGUAGCUGACAUACAAAGUAUUAGCAAAGAGGUGAAGAAGGCCCUGCUCAAAUAAGCUUGCAAUCUUUGAGGAAAGGGUAUAGACAAACGAGAGGAGUAAAAGCAUGUCAGAGGGGAGGAGGGAUUGAUGGAUUAGAUGCCUCAGUCAAACUAAGCUAGUCAAAGUGGUUUGUAGAAGAACCGAAUAAUGGAAGGAGGUAGAGUGAGCUGGUAUAUGGAGGCGAAGGUACUAUGGAGGGCAAUUAUAACAAGAGGAGCAUGACCCAGGAAGAUGGUAAGUUUUCCUAAAGAGGUGUUUUUCAAGUGACUUCUCCAAAGACAAGGAUUAAAAAAUCCUGCAGAUGAAAGUUGGCAGUAACGAGAAGACGUCACAAAAAGGUCAUUCACAGACCAAAGGUACCGAGAAGAUUUGUUGCGUAAAGAGGAGAUAUAGUGAGAGCUGGAGUUGUUGAAGGCUUUGUAAGUAAAUGUUAGCAGUUUGAGUUGGAUCCCGAGGGGUACAGAAAGCCAAUGUAGAGUUUGGCAAAGGGGUGAAGGGCCUGGCAGCAGCAUUUUUCAGUUUGUCACCUUGUGGUGCCACUCUCAGUUGUGCACAUGUAUGUAUGUAUGUAGGGUACCUGUGUCUCCAGGUGCCAAGACUGAUUUUCUGUUGUUUAGUGGCUACUGGUAGCUUUCGGAAUCACUCAGUGCUGGACUGGCAGUGUGGCUGGGCACCAUCCAAAAUUUAGACAUAGGAUCCAGAAGUCUCUGUCCACAUGUAGGCCGCAAUGAAAAGAAGAGCUCCUUGGGCUUGAAUCUGAUUGAACAAAGUCUGAGAAGAAUUUCUUGAUAGAAGUGAAGACCAGUAAUACCUUCACCAAACACAGGGACACUGUGGACUGUGCGUACCUAACAUACAUUUCAAAUGGACAAAAAGGGACACUGUGAUUUCAGGGAUGUGAGUGGGGUGUGGCCAAGGGAGGGACUGUUCUGAAAAUGUUUUGGUGACUGAUCAUUUUUGCAACUAAAAUGUAAUUUAGAACGAAAACAAUGUAUCUUAUUUACACAGACUGAUUUCUAAACAUGUUUCUUGUAGUUUAAAGACACAUUGCUGGGAGUAUUAUUGCUGUGGAGCUCCGUGAUGCACUCAGACACACCAACAAUAUGGAGCUCCUAGAAAGUGGGACAUUAGGAUAGAAAAAAGGGAUAGAGGGACUUGGGUCCAAAAUAGAGACUGUCCGUCCUAAAUAGGGAGAUUUGGGAGGUAUUGAGUGUUGGAUGCAGUCAUAUCCACUCAGGAACCAGCAGAACAACCCUGCCUAUUUAUUUCAAAGUUGCUGGUCCAAAUGGCAGUUCAGGCUUAUGCUACAAAAAGUCUGAGAUAUUUUACCCAACAUUCUUCUCAAUAGUCAAACCUGUACUUCAUAGAUUCCCCUUUCCUGUCUAAUCUUAAAAUCUUGUCUUCCAUCUCUAAUUUAACCUCAGCGAGAUGGCUUCAUUCUCUGGAGGAAAGCUGCAGUUAGUAUUAUUUAAUACUACUAUAACACUAUUAAUUAAUUGGCAGUGUAUAUUUGGAUAGUUCAUGGUAUAGUUUGCCUAAUUGAGUUGGCUUAUUACUAGAGACACUCCGCUCCGGAGUUUGUUUUAUUAUAAGAUUUAUUUUGUAACGGAUCGCCUGGCACUCCGUUGAAGGAUGCUCCUAGCGCUUCCUGAGGACUCCAAGCACUCUGGCAGACACCACAAUCACUAAACCGGAGAAACAAAUAAAUUCUCCCAAGCAUAUGAAUGCUGUAGACAGUUGAAUAGGAACCAUACGAAUAGGUUUACUCUCCUAGCAGUCAAACUGGAACAGCAUACAAUGAAUCCUUCCCCCAAUAAUGAGACGACACUUCACUUUGAGGGUUAAAACAGGAACUCCUGUACUGUCACAUACAGUCUCUUUUAUUCCCAAUCCACAAACAUAGUACAGCCCACAGGGCGUUACAAAACAACCAAUCAAUCCGUACAAUACACCCAGACACUCCCACACAAAACCCUCCCCUCUGCAUGUGAUAUGAUUACUGAACACAAUGGGUAAUCUCAUUAUCACCGGCAGAGGAAUACAGUUUUUACACAAUAUUUAUAACUUCUAAAAUAUAAAUGUCACAAACAUAAAACAUACAUUUUCAUAAUCAAUCCAUUCAGGGGAACAACAUAUUAAAAAAUGGCACGAAUCAGACCAGGGGUUCAAAAGUUAAGGGAAAGUCCUUUGUGACUAAAUGAAGCAUGGCUUUCCGGCCCAAACCAGUUUCAGAGUCUUCUAUCCUGGAGAUAAGUAAUUCAAUUAUCUCCCAGGACAGACACAAGACUCCAUUAAGCACAUGGUUGCAAAAAGACACAAAACACUUUAAAAUACAUAAAGUCACCUUUUAUACAUAAAACACAGACAUGUCACAUAUCCCCAGAUAGCUGGGAUCUGAGCGCACAAAACUACCGAAUAGCGCUCAGAUCCUAUUCACACAGUUCAAUUGCCAUGGAGCCGAAGUCUUUAACUACACGAAUGGGCUCCAUGGCAUAGCUAUCUGGGUUAACACAAUCACAUAAAGUCUGGUCCAUAGUCCAAAGGCAAGAGGCGGGCAAGCAGCCCCCUCCAAGGACACGUGGCGAGGUCUGUUUCGCCACAAUCUAAUCUACACCUGUCCCUUCCUGUGCUGAUGUCACACCCACACCCAUAUUGUGAGAUAGGCAUUAAACUUCACGUCCUCCUCUGAAACACAUUUGCAGACAACUCCUGCUUAGAUUGGAGGUUCCCCCAGACAGGAAUCUGCUGUGUCUGUCUACCUACUACCCUUGCACUGCUGCAUAGCCUGUAAAUAAAAUAUAUAUACUUCAAUACUGGGGCUCUAAAUUAACACUUCCAUGUUGCAUAGAUUUUAAACCAGGUAGGCAAUCUGAUUGAAAAUUGACUGACUUGGUGUAACUCUGUGUCGGAAUAGAUUCUUUUGUGUUAGAAAUUGCUCACAGAAAUAGAGUUUAUGUUGGUUAAAAAGGAGAACAAAUUGCCUCUGUUCUAUGACUCUGCAAACACCAGUCGACAUUAAAAGUCACUAGCCAGGACUCUCCAGGAGAGACUAUCCAAUCUCCAAAGUUAUAAAUCCAAUAUCCCACCGUUUUAUGAGUGUUUUAUACUUAGUUUGAAUCAACUGUAUUGAUUAAACUGUGAAUCAUUGGGAAUUGACCAAGUUAUUUUCAGCCAAUAAAUCCGAAUAGGAAAACAAUUCCAAUUCAGAUAUUUUCCCAGUCCCCAUAAGUUGUAGAUAUAUCUUGGAACUCAUAGUGUUACCAUUGACCAAACUCCUUCAUGGACAUUGACCUUGUUCACACUAGAUUUCACUUCAGUAAUAAACUGGAGGUCUUUUAAUUGUAUGGGUAUUACUUGCGUGGCAUAUAUGUUGGGUAGUACCACUAAUAUAGCCACCACUAUGAUAGGUGGACACGCUUAGCCAAUCACAACCAGCCAUUGCUGCUCAAGCUAAUGCUUCCUUAUAAGCCCAAGCAACGCAUAGGGGAUUGGCUGCUCAGGACUAUCUUUUAGCACUAAAACAUUAAAAACCGUUAAAGGCUAUAAGGCUAAUGGAAGGAAGGUGCCAGAAGACUCUAGACGCUAUAACCACUUCAAUGAGAUAAACCAGUUACAGUGCCUACAGUGUACUCUUAAAGGAGCACUAUAGUGUUAGGAAUACAAUGCUGUGUCCCUCUGCCUCUGUACUCCUUCCCACUGUGGACUCUAUUAAGUCAUGAUUGUUUAGGAAAUUAUUCUAACAUGUUUUUUUCCCCCCUCUUACAGAGAUUUAAGCGUCAAAGCAGAGCAUCCAAAACAGAGGUAAGGAGAAUAUUGCAUUUUGUAAUUUAUUUCUAAUAUAUUAUUUUUUUUUACAUUAGUGUUAAAGAAACCCAUUGAAGAGAUAUUGAUCUUGAAGACAAUGAUACAGAAUAGUCACCAAUGAUAUAACAUAACAUCCUGACUUAGAUGCUGAAUUCCAAAGCAGAUCUGCUGCGUAUAAAAAUAGUUAUAGCUACUAUAUGUUUUAAGACUGUGACAGUGGUUUUAUCAAAAUCAUUUAUAGACACUUUGUAUUUGUUUCAUUACCAAUAGCAUUUAAUAGAAGGAGACUCCAAGCGCCGUAAUAAAAUUAUUAUUCUAUUCUUACUAUUUGGCUUAAAGGAACAUUGACGCAUCCUAUCAUCCUAUGGUCAUUGUAUAGAUUAUGGUACAAGUUGAGUCUGUGUCUCUGUGUAUGUAUCCACAGCUACUGCACCAAAUGUGGCAGGUCCAAAUUCAGGAAGAUGGGCCUAACACAUGGGCAGGUUUGUAAAGGAAUUAGCAUCAGGGACGAUGGGCUCUUUGAAAAAGGGGGCACGUCACCCCUGCACGCAUAAGCACCAAGAUGGUGGGCUAACUGUAAUGUGCCCAAUCAGGGCUUCCCAUUGGCCGAGUGCCCCUGAAGGACUUACUUAUGGGCUGAAAUUCCCAGAAAUUUACUUAAAGUGCACUUUAUAGUGGUCCUACAGACACCGUUCUGUUUGGUGAUCAGGAGGACUUUUCUGAACAUCUUGCGUCACACCAGGGAACGUGAGACUUCACAGGUCUGCAGUAAAAAGUUAUAUUAUUUCCAAAUAUUUAUACAUGGUGUAUGCUCUGGGAUUUCUGCAUUUGGAAGAGAAACAAACUAGCAACCGCCCCGGUAGUGUAGUAGCAGAAUAUGAAAUGGAACAUAUGGAAUGUAUUUGUUUCCAUAGAUUUGGGGGGGGAUUUUUUUUUAUGAGAUAUGUCCUAACCGUAGGAGCAACAAUAUAAUAUUACCACCCAUGUAGGACAGCACAAAUUUACCAAUUCAUGAUAUAAAAUUUGUUGCUUCCAUUAAGUUAUUUAUGAUUUGUUUUUAAAUUCUUUAAUGGCAGGAAAAUAGUCCAUUAGGGAACUCAGCUUGACCCUAAAGCGUUGGCGUUACUAUACAAAAACAAACUGCCUAGCUGAAACCAAAGGAAUGAUUUUCUUAAAACAAUUAUUAACAGCCCCCUCUGCUCUGGAAACACUGUGUAACAACAUACACUUUGUCUAGUUGUUUUGACUUUCUUUUUCCUCCGUAUAUUAUAAAUAAAUAUUGGUAUGUGCAUCGGCAAUUAACAAAAAUACUAAAAUUGAUGAUUAUCUUAACAUAGAUUUGUAGAUUGUUAUAUUUUGUUGAUUUACGUAAAAUGUUUUCUCAGUUUUUGACUUUUAGAAAAUAUGUCUAGAUUUAAAGGAACAUUUCAAGCACAGUAGCCACUACGGUGUUCUGUAGUGGUUUUGGUGCCAGGGGUGGCAUGGCAACACCCACAUGUAAGUAGUCAAACCGCUUUAAGAUUUGCGAGUUGUCGCUCCCCUCCUCCACUACAGCCAUCAGAGGGCCGAAAGCACAAAGCUCCUCUUUAGGAGAUUCCGUUAGCUCUCUUGAGCCAAGUCUUGCAGUGCAGGGUUUAGCUGAUUGCUUGAGAUUUGCUGAUCAACUUUUGCUCUCAGCCAAUGAGACAGGCCUGUGGAAUUUUCAGAGGAUCUUGCACACACACUUUUUUGGGGAGUUCUCCCACUUGGGUGCUCUAAAACACGGGAGGGCCCCAGCCCAGACAAAUCCAGUGAAACAAAAAAGUAGGCACACCCAGAAGUUUCUUCAGCAGGUAGACUUUUGUGGAGUACAAACAUUUUGACAACAUUUCGGCUCUCCUGAGCCUUUGUUCCAAUGAGCUAGACCUGGGCUGGAGGUCGGAAGCUUCUAGAAGAGGCACGGAGCAGCAUCCGGCAGACAUAAGGUGAAAAUCAAGUUGCUCUAAAACGGUUUGACUAGUUACAUUGGGGGAGGGUGCCAUUUACACGUGGCACCAAAACCACUUAUUGAACUAUAGUGGUUGUGGUACUUGGAGCGUCCCUUGAUGGUUCUUGGAGAGUUGCACUCUUAAUGGUUAAACAUUACUUUCAUUGAUUCAAACUGUGACGUAAAUGUGCCACUAUUUCUAAAUAACCCAGUAUAUCUUUAGAUUAACUGAGACUUUCUGCUCUGUUUGUGCACACACAGCUUUACUUCUUCAGCAAGUCACAUGCAUAUCCUUUCUAACUGAUUAGACAGUAGCACUUGUAAAAAAAAAAAAAAAACAUUCCCCUUUCUAGUUAAAGAAAGAAACAUUUCAGGAAUGUGAGGUGGGCAGAAUGUUUACUCAAUAACACUGUGGUCCCUUCCUGCUGGGACAGGGUACAGAACUUCCAAUCAUGGCAGAGCCUCAAUGUUCCAAAAUCGUCUCGAGAAUAAACAUAAUGAGGAAUGCGCUUGGUGAUACGUACCACAACUCUGACACUGCCUUUAGUAUAAUAAAUAACAUAUCUUAUAAGGCAGGGGUGCCCAAAAGAUAGAUUUCAAGAUGUUGUCAUUCUAAAGCAUUCUAAAGGCAUGCAAAGCAACAUGGGAGUUGUAGUUUUACAAUAUCUGGAGAUCUAACUUUUGGGCACCCUUGUUAUAAGGAAUAAGGAAGCGACAGAACUUCCGCCAUUAUUAAUUUGAUUGUAGAACGCAAUGUACCCUAGACAAGACCAUCACACCUCGCCGGUUUAUUAGCCAUGACAUUUGUGUGUCUUGUUUGUGUUAGGGGUCUCAGCACAUUCUAUUCCUGUACGUCCAACUUGUCUUGUCGCAGCCACUUGUUUGUUAGUCCACUUAAUGUACAAUGCUGCAGAAUUUGUUGGUCCAUUGUAUAUAAAAUAAUAGUAAUAAUGAGACACUUUGGACAGAAAAGAAAGAGAGAUGUAAACUCAGGGCUGGAAAAAUAUAACUAAAAUGCUUUUUGCCCGGUGUAGGAGUAGGCAUGCUUCUUCUCUGCAGAUAGUGGGUUUAUUUCUGUAGAUCAGCAAAGCAGGAUGUUUCAAAAGAUCGCACAGUACUUACUAACAGUCCUGCUUUCUGCCCGACAGUCCCAAUUUUCAGCAUAGUGAGCAUUCAUUAGACGUGCUUGCGCCGUGCAACUUACACUAGGAACAUUUAAAGAGAGCUUCAGCAGCGCGAUCUGCAUGGUCAAGCAAAUAGGGUGCCUGUCGAAGGCUGUCAAGUUGCGUCACUGUCGACCUCCACCUAGAAGGCUCCCACCCAUACCCAUUACAUAUCUCCUAAUGUUAGAAGGUAAAGUUACAUACAGCAGGUAACUUCACAGGAAAAUGUCCAUAUAAUGUAACACUGUUACAGGAACAGCAGAGUUUUAUAAACCGAAACAGUCGUUUACACAGAUUACGCCACUGUGAUUAAACAAUAUUACAUAAUAGGUAAAUUGCAGAUAGCAUUCAUUACCGUAAUGAAAGCAGAUUGAAUCAGUUAGUUGCAAUGAUUAUAUCACAUUAAGAAAAGUAUAACGAAGCCCUGACAUCUGCUACAAAUCUUGGACAUGUUUCAUAUCUCAGAGUUUGCUGAUGACAUAAUGCUAAGAUGACACACUACAAUGAUCUUUUAUUUAAAAUGUUUGGUAUUCGACACAUUUCUAAUAAUCGUUACCCCUCUUGAUCAUUAUUAGAAGCAUCUAUAACUAAUACAAACCAUCACUCUGUAUUUUACUGUGUGAUCGUGACUUUGGGUUUCAUGAAUUAUGCCCAAGACUUCUAUUCCAGUUACUACUAGAGAUGUCGCGAACUGUCCGCCGAACUGUUCGCGAACUGUCCGCCGGCGAACAAUAGCGUGUUCGCGUUGGGCGAACAUAUCCGAUUUCCGGUCCGCCCCCUAUACGUCAUCAAUGAGUAAACUUUGACAUGGAACCUCACAGUCAGCAGACACUUCCUGGGAGGGAGGGUCUGCUGCUGAUUGGGCGGAAUGUGUCUGCUGGCUGUGAGGUUCCGGGUCAGAGUUUACUCAAUGAUGACGUAUAGGGGGCGGACCGGAAAUCGGAUAUGUUCGCCCAACGCGAACACGCUAUUGUUCGCCGGCGGACAGUUCGCGAACAGUUCGGCGGACAGUUCGCAACAUCUCUAGUUACUACAAACAAGACACGCGAGAUAACAAAUAUAUGAGUAUCAACUGGAAAUCUAAUUACUGAAAAAUGAUGAAUGUAAAUAAAUAAAAAUAAUAUACAUGGAUAAAUACAAAAAUAGUAAUAAAUGGUCAGACAAAAGGGUAAUACAAGCCAAAUGGCUAACCUCCCUUCCUCGUGUCUCUAAAUAAGUCACUAAAACUCACAGACUUAGACUUUAAUAUAAUCCUGGUUUGGUCAAUGUCUGCGACUAUUAUCGGCUAUAAAUAAAAAUAAGAGACCUAGGGACAUGCUUAAACCCAGUGGAGUUCAGAAAUGCACAAAGUAAUAUAAAUGUAAUCAUAAUCUGCACCACUGUCAGUGGUCUAAGGAUAUAAAUCGCCUUAAUAGGAAAAAUAGAGAUAUUGAGCAAAAAGAAAGGCUAUAUCAAAAAUUGAUGGUAACACACCAUCACGAAAAAGGCUAUAGGGGAUAAAUGAUAGUCAGUUCGACCCUUUCCCCUCACUUUCUCACUUCACAGGGCACUUUAUCACUAUGUGCAGGCAACCAACACUCUAAGUAUGGUUCUGCACAUUAGCACGCUUUAAUUCCAACACUUUUUUCUUUUUAACUCUGUGAUUGCUCUAUACCCUAUGAAAUUGGAGUUUGUAACUAAAGGCUUUUUUUGAUACAUUUUAUUUAUUUGAUUACAAAGUAUUCAGCGCUUAGCUAGUAUACUGGGUUGUCGUUCUGUUAGCAAUUUCUGACCGAACUGAACUAGCCAUUUGGCUUGUAUUACCCUUUUGUCUGACCGUUUAUUACUAUUUUUGUAUUUAUCCAUCUAUAUUAUUUUUAUUUAUUUACAUUUAUCAUUUUUCAGUAAUUAGAUUUCCAGUUGAUACUCAUAUAUUUGUUAUCUUGAGAAUCUUGUUUGUAGUUCCUUUAUCAGGGGUUAUGCCCCAAGACACCUCUGGAGUGUCUUAUAAGGUGUUACUCUCUACUGGUCCAGUGGAUUAGUCUGGCUUUAGACAGCCACUGCCUGUAGACGUCGACUCUUUUGUCUUUUGUUCCAGUUGCCUGAAUUGCCCCUGGAAUUAUAUACUGGAUCGCAAUUUUUGCCAUCUCUGUGUCCACGGUUUUUAUUUUAUAUUUCCAUUUAAAUUCCACCAUCACUACUGUUUCCAUACGUUUGGACACUUAGGUCAAUACAGAUUCAUAAAAGUGUGGUCUGCCCUAGUAACUGUGACAAAUAACACGUCCGCAAAAGAGGAUACCAUAGAAAUAUACUGCAUGUAUAAAUCCUUGAUGGUUUUUUUUUUUAAUGAAAAAUAUAACUUUACUACUCUACUUGAAUACAUAGUACUUUAAUAGAAACUUUUCUUUGAACUGAGAAAAUUUAACUUCAUGUGUAUAGCAAUCAGCCAUCUAUUUAAUAGAUCCACGUCGAUGUAUGCUGAACAGUAUGACUUUAUCAUUUAUAAAAAAUAAAUAAAAAAAAAUAAAAUAAAAAACACUGAUUAUUUAUGAAGGAAUUUCUGCUGAAAUGCAUUGCUCAAAUUAACAUAUAGUUUAUUAUUUUAUUAUAAAAGUCCCAAAUGAUUAUGUAAGAAUUACAACACAGGUGAUCCAAGAUCAUUUACCUAUGGGAAAAUGAUGGUAGGAUCCAAAAAUUCUCUACUGAAAAGCAAGUGCCAGGUUUGCUGCUAUUUAAUGGAAUAAUUUCAUUUGGCCCAGGCUUUCAAUGUAAAGAAAAUAAUGCCAAGAGGUCAGCCAAGAUCAUUUUUCCAUAAAAAACAAUGGCAGUUUCAUCACAAAUUCCAUUUAAAAGUCAGUGAGUUAAGAAAGCUUUUCUCCACUAUCACUUAAUUUUUUAUUUUUUUUUAAAUAAACCUGGUAAAACUUUUAAUUAGUAAAAAACUGUUCGACUUUUGAGGGGGUGGGGCAGGUGGGGGGUGUGGGAUGGAGCAGUCGUCAGUUGUAUUAUAUAAAAAAAAAAGUGUACAUAAUUUUAAAAAAACAAAACAAUAGAGAUGAAGGUGUUUUCGUGUCCCGCAAAGAACGGAUGUCCAGUUUCUUGAUGAGAAACCAUGUAAUGGAGGAUUUUAUUCAGACUUGAAGGCACAUGUUUUCUGACUGAAUUUCAACAUACUUAAAGGGACACUCAAAGCACCAACAUAAUUUUUGCUGAAUAAAGUUGUUUUGGUGUAUAGUUUAUGCAGCUGCAGUCUCACUGCUCAAUUCUCUGCCAUUUAGGAGUUAAAUCUCUUAGUUUAUGUAACUUUAGCCACACCUCCCUUGGGAGGGGAAGACUCACGCAGCCUAAAGAAGCAGACUUCACUAGUAACGGCAAAGAAAGACAGACUUUAUUUAGUAUUUAGACUUUAUUCCGUUGGUUCAAGCAUAAUUUCCGACUCAGUUUUAAUCUAUUUAAAGGCACACUCUAAUCAACAAAAUAACUUUAACUUAAUGAAGCAGUUUGGUGGUAUACAUCAUGCCCCUGCAGUCUCACUGCUCAAUUUUCUUACAUUUUGGAGUUAAAUCACUUUUAUUUCUGUUUAUGCAUCCCUAGCCACACAUCCCCUUGCUGUGACUCGCACAGCCUCCAUUAAAAAAAUGAUUUAAUUUCCAAUCAUAUCUUACACAGUGUGCACAGUGUGUUGACUUUAGAAGUUUGUAUCUCCCACUCUGUUAAUUAAACGUUAAGUCGCAGGCAGUGGAGGUAUGACUAGGGCUGCAUAAAUAAAAUUAUAUAACUUCUAAAUAGCAGAAAUCCAAGCAGUUUAUGAAUAAUAAGCUGAAUGAAUAACUAGCUUCUAUCAUUGAAAAAGAAGAUUGCUGCAUAAGCUAAAUUCUGAAUAAAAUGAUUAUUAUCGUGUGUUAUAUUACUGUGAGUGGGUCUGUCCAUUUUACUAUAUGUCUCUGAACCUGGAGAUAUAUUUUGAUGCAGAGAUUGAAGUUUGAGUUGAAUUUACUGUGUGGCUGUGAGUUGGUCUGUGUGUCUAUCUGUAUAACUUGGAGUCUUGUGCAUUGAGUAGCUAGAUUUUGUAACUGACUGGACUGGGUUGCCCCUUAUGUGGUUUUUACAUCUGUCAGUUUUACUGCUGUGAGUAGGCCCAUAUGUGUUACCUUAUGAUUGUGAGUCAGCCAACAUUCCAAAUAUAGUGUAACUUCAUUAACUACUUCAUAUCUGGGUGAUGCACAUUCUGUAAUGGUUCUUUUUCUUUACGGUUUAAUAAAUGUACUUCAAUUUAAAAUGUCACUAUCACGCACAAAAGUCUUUGUAGCAUUUUGUACAUUUGAUAAUACUUUAUACACAGAUUGUUUGUAUUAAAUAUGGUCACAGAAGAAGCUAUACCAACACCGACAAUAGCUUCUGAGUUCUUCUAUUCCUAGACCCCGUCUGCUGGUGCCCAGUGCCUCAAGACAUUAUUUGUGUUUUCUCCAUGAAUUGAACCAUGACUGAGGCUCAGGUUAUGUUUAUCAGGCAACAUUACUGGUUGUUAAAUUUAACGUCUUAGUGACCUUGGACGUAUCAGGUACGUCCGACAAAACAUGGUCGUUAAUGACCUCGGACGUACCGGAUACGUCCACAGGAAAUCUGAGCGCUGGAAGCGAUUGUGAUUGCUUUCAGCCGCUCUAACGGUAUUGCAGCAAUGCCUCGAGACAUCCUGCAAUACCCUCCCCAACUGCCGGGCCACCGGGUGAUUGCUCCUCCUUCUGGGUUGCCCCACGUGGCGCCCGGCAGUAAGGCAGAGCAUCGGAAGCCAUCAGACAGGCUUCCGAUGCACUGCCUGUGUGCUGAGUGGCUCGAGGGGUUGAGGCACUCAGUAAAAAUAAAAUAGUUCUUAAAAAAAAAAUAUAUAUAUAUAUAUAUAUGUGUAAAUAGCCCUCCCCCCCAACCCCCCAGGACCUUGGACGUACCUAGUAAAUCCGAGGUAUUCCUACUUACUUACCCGAUUGCUGCCAUUCAGCCGCCAGCUAUCGGUCUUCCUCUCCUUCUGUGGGGACUGUCUGACAGCCCUGACAGUCCCACCUCAGCAAAUUAGGCCCCCACGGGCAAUGUAAUCGCUCUGAAAGAGCAGUCAAAUGGCCACAAUAGCCCGAUAGGCGUCCAUAGUGUUGCCUGCAGGGGGACUGCCUGAACUGACAGGCAGUCCCCCUGUUGGUGAAAAAAGUUUUUUUUUAAAUUUUCAAAUAAAAAAUAAAGUUAAUAAAUAAAAUUUGAAAAAAAAAAUAUAUAUAUAUAUGCACACAUAUAUUAUAUCUAUAUAUAAAAUAAGUAUAUAUAACUAUAUAUAUUCUGUAUAUAUAUAUAUAUAUAUAUAUUAUAAAAAAUAAUAAUUAGAAUAAAAAAAUGUAAAAAUAAAAAACUAAUUUUAUAUAUAUAUGUAAUUUUAUUCUUACUGUAUUUUGAUAUUAAUAUAUAUAUUUAUAUCAAAAUACACUUAGAGUGAAAUUAUAUAUAUAUCUAUGUAUAUAUAAAUAAAUAAAAAUAAUACGAAAUAUGUACAUAAUCACAUAAAUAAUUUCAUAAAUAUACAUGUAGACUUCAAAUUUAAAAAUAUAUGCAUAUAUAUAUUUAAACUUAAUGUGCAUAUUUAUGUAAUAUUUUUACAUAAUUAAGUAAUUUUAUUGAUUGCAAUUUGGGGGAUCUGCCUGACAACCCAGGCCGAAAGUCCAGAGAAUUUAAUUUGCUAGCACUAAAAUUAACCCUGUAACUUUCCAUGACACCCUAAAACCUGUACAUACUGUUUUACUUGGUCGACUUAAUACUGUUAUACUCGGGAGACAUUGCUGAACACAAAUAUUAGUGUUUCAAAACCGUAAAACAUAUCACAGCAAUAAUAUUGUCAGUAAAAGUGACGUUUCUUGCAUUUUUCACACACAAACGGCACUUUCAUUGAUGAUAUCAUUGUUGUGAUACAUUUUACUGUUUUGAUACACUAAUAUUUGUUUUCAGCGAUGUCUCCCGAGUAUAACAAUACCCUCUGUGUACAGGUUUUAUAGUGUUUUUGAAAGUUACAGGGUCAAAUAUAAGGCUUGAUUUUCCAUUUUUUCACAUUGAAAUUUUCCAGAUUGGUUAUGUUGCCUUUGAGAGCGUAUGGUAGCCCAGGAAUGAGAAUUACCCCCAUGAUGGCAUACCAUUUGCAAAAGAAGACAACCCAAGGUAUUGUAAACGGGGUAUGUUCAGUCUUUUUUAGUAGCCACUUAGUCACAAACACUGGCCAAAGUUAGCGUUCAUAAUAGUUUUUUGCAUUUUUAACAUAAACAAAUAUAAAUGCUAACUUUGGCCAGUGUUUGUGACUAAAAAAGACUGGACAUACCCCAUAUUGAAUCCCCUGGGUUGUCUACUUUAAAAAAAACUUUACAUGUGAGGUGUGAUUCAGAUAUUUAUAAUAGAUAACAGUGUUUCAAUGUCACUAUUGAUACAUUUUAAAAAUAUAUAUUUUGAAACAGCAAUGUCCUACUUGUACUUAUAGCCCUAUAACUUGCAAAAAAAAAGCAAAUAACAUGUCAACAUUGGGUAUUUCUAAACUCAGGACAAAAUUUAGAAACAAUUUAGCAUGGGUGGUUUUUUGGCGGUUGUAGAUGUUUUUAUAGUAAAUUAUAUGAUAUGAUGAAAAUAAUGGUAUCUUUAGAAAGACCAUUUAAUGGCGAGAAAAACAGUAUAUAAUAUGUGUGGUACAUUAAAUGAGUAAGAGGAAAAUUACAGCUAAACACAAACACCGUAGAAAUGUAAAAACAGAAAUGGUCCUUAACAGUAAGAAAAUUUUAAAACGGUCUGAACACUAAGGGGUUAAACAGAGAGAGGUUCUGGCUGCCUACUUCAGAAUUCCAAAUAUUCCAAGAAGCUGGCUUAGCAACAAAAGAUUUUCAAUCGAGUUGGUAAUAAUGUCUAUCCAUUGGCAUUGCAUCUCCAGCUCCCUGCGAGGUAUAUGUGUAUCCUGCUUUUCUACACUUAUCUACUCAAUUUAGAAUUUUGGGGCAUUUUUAUCUGGCUUUUGGUCCUUUCAUCAUAAUGGAGCAAACGAAAAUGAGUAUGAGAUAAAAGUUAUAAAAAGAUCACUGCGAUCCUAGAUGCUAUUGGAUUCAUGAACCUUUUAAAUAUUCCAACCAUUGGUUGCUUUUGCAGUGCUGUGACCUGACUGCGAUAACCAAGACCUCCACAAGUUUAAUGUCCAUUGUACUAGUUUGUAGACAUAUCAGUGAUGCAAUCAUGCCCAAAACUACUAAUUGGGCUCUAAUAAUCCUUAAAAACCAAACACCUAUUGUUUAGUUCUUUUCAUACUUCAGUAUCGUUAUCCAAACACACACAAAAAAUAUGUCCCGCUUUUGACCUUCCUAUCAAACCUUUUUAUGCUGAACUCCAUUCUGUACUAUUUGUCCUGAAUUAUGGACUCCCUUACUACAUAUCAUUGAUCACCCUUUUCAAUUCUCUCCUCAAUAUAAUCUUUGUUUUUAUUUGAAAUAUAUAAUGUUUGUUCCAAUAUUUAGCCUCCUUAGGAAAUAUAUUUUAGAAGGUUUGCAUCUCCUCUCAAGGGCUCCAGUCGUCAACUUCUGACCCUUGUUUAUACCUCCAAAUUCCGAUGCAUAGUCUUCGUGGUUAGCUACUCCAUCAGAAGCAGUUCUGUAAAAGUAUUUUUUUUUCUAACUGUGUUGGAAAUUUGUACAAUAGAUGUAUUUUUUGGCUACCGUGUUACUGGACUGAGUUGCCCCUCAUAUAGAAAGUUGUCUUCCUCAAUGGAAUGAUGGCUGGUUUUACCCUGGUUGGCACAAGCUGUAGUCUCCUGUGAAUUUGUUCCUCGAGCAUAUAGGAAAGAUAGAAGGUCAUUUAAGUAUGUAUUUUAUAACUUAGGUAAUGGAUAAUUUCACAGAGCCAAGUAAGUUUUCCAAAGUUGAGCCCAACGGGAGCAAGUGUUUUAAAGCUUCCUGUGACGCCGGUGUAGAGUAACAUCCCAUACCCUUCCUUAAACGAGAAGUGUCUGAGAGCUAAAACAUAUGGAUUGCUAAAGAAAAGGUUACUUAUUUUAGAGAGUUCCCCUUUCUCUGCCUCCAAAAGAUACAUAAAUAUAUAAUUAUUAUAAAAAUAUAUAACAGGAAAUAGUAAUUUUCAGGUUAAAUAAAACACUGGAAAAUUUUGGAGAAAAAAAAAAUCUUAAAUAUUAUCUCAUACUAUUGGGCCCAAUUAGUUGUCUUAUGUAGAUGUGUGUGUGAAUAUUUUCAAAUGUGAAAAUAAAUUCUAUCUCAUGGUAACUUGAGAAUAUCUAAGGCAAUAGAGAUACACUCUUAAAAUUGCAUUCCAUUGCACAUGAUCUAAUUUGUAUUGACCUAACUCGAUGGAAUGGAAAUUUAUUUUAUGGCUGUAUUUAUUUUACAUAUAUUAUAGACAUUUAAUAUAUACAUGUAUUGUAUUAUACUGUAAAAAGAACACUCCAAGCUGCAUAACCUCUACAGGCUGCUUGUCAAGAGCAGCAAAGAAUCCUCAAUAAGACCCACACAGCCUCCCUAAACACUUCUUGUAAAAUUGUUGUUGUUUUUUUAGCUUACUUAUUGAGCAGUGUGUUUAAUGUGUCUAAUAUGGUUAAAGUUUCAUUAACAGAGAAGGAGAUAACUUCUAAAGUAAACACACUGUGCUGUAAGAUCUGAUUGAAAAUAAAUGUUGUUUUUUUUUCAUGGAGGCUGCUUGAGUCACAGCCAGGGGAGGUGUGGUUAGGGCUGCAUAAACAAAGUGAUUUAACUCAUAAAUGGCAGUGAAUUGAGCAACGAGACUGCAGAGGCACGAUUUAUAUGCCAAAACAAUUUCAUUAAGCUAAAGUUGUUUUGGUUCUGUCAGGAUUACAUUGAUCCAGCACACAGAAUAGUAUCAUACCCUAGUACUAAGGUCUUACCGGGCCUUAGAAUGGAAGGACUUAACGUAACCGAGAAAAGUCAGAAAACUAGCCGAGGACAGGGACACAGAAUGAUACACAGCGAUAAGGAAAAGACAAAAGUCAAAGGUACCAGAAAUCAGGGAAGUCAAAACGAAGCCAAAGUCAAAAAUCAUAAAAACUGAUCAGGAACACACUCUCGGUUAACCAUCUAGGGGAAACCACGACAGGGCAAUGAGCUAAGGGAACAUGAGUGUUUAAAUAACCAUUUUGCAGAUCCGAUUGGCUGUACCUAGCCUUUGACCCCAAAACGUGCGUGUUUGUCUUUUGCGUGACGUCACCUGCACGUCAACAUCGUCUUUACCGUGUAUGGACGUGGGGCUAUAUAGUUGCAUGGGUCCGCAGUGGCCAUCAUCUACCAAAAUGCCGCAAAAGCCAGGCAUGAUAGCAGAAGACCGCCGAGCGGCACUCCCCUCUAUCUACGGAAGGUUAUUAUCUCCGCUUUUGUCACAUGGAGACGAAGAAUAUGUGACAGGUUCCUAGAGUGUCCCCUUAAUUUUCUUUGUCUAUUGCUUCUUGUCUCUUUACAAAUGUAGCAGAUAUUAAGUAUUCACUAACAAGGCAUUGUGGUAACUUCACGAGGGAAUUGCAUGACGAAAUUACAAAAUAUAUUUAACCCCAAGUUAUUUUCCCACUUGUGCUAAUUUGGCCUCAAUAAUGGUUUUUGGCUCACCACUAUUCACUACUGAAUGACUGAACCCCCUUUUCAAUAUAUUUUAAUACUAAUUAAAAUAUUUUUUUUAGUCCUUAUUUUUUAUUUAAUUUGUUAAAUUUGUUUCCCCUCUUCUAGUUGACCAUCAGCAGCCUCUUCAUUCAGUCCACUAUAGUCUCCAGAUAUGCUUUCACAAAGGUGCAGACUGUUAUGCUCAACCCUCACUCUGAAGCUAAGGACGCCAUCUUUGAUUUGGAUCUGCCCAGCUCAGCGUUCAUAUCUAACUUCACCCUGUAAGUUUCCCACCUGGUAUUUUAAAAACUUGCCAAAUCGCCGGAUAUUACUAUGCACUGAAACAUUGCAGUUGAAGCAGCUUUUAAAUUGUUGCUUUAAGGUUGUUAAUAUUAUUACUGGCAUUUAUGAAACACCAACAUAUUCUGCUGCACAGUACAAUAAACACAAAUACAAUAAAGGGGGAGGGGGAAUGUACAAUACACACAGACCAAUACAAAAGGUAAAGAAGGCCAUUAGCUGAGAUUUAGCAAUUGAAGCUCUUUUAUCCCAUGAGUUUACAAUCUAAAGGUUAAAAUAAGGCUUAAAGGAACAGUCAGGGCCGGAUUAACAUAGGGGCUGAUGGAGCUGCAGCUCCAGGCCCAGGCCCAUGGAAUAGGCCCAUUGAUUUAUAAAAAAAAAAUAAAAAUUAAUUUUUUUUUUUUUACACACUACUCUUAGGGAUUCAACCUGGCUUUUAUUUUAUUGGCACAGCCAGUAUUUAAGGCUGCCUGACUGGUGCCAAUAUUACAGUGAUAAUGGCAAUACAAAUGCUGGUAUUUUUCUCAGUAUAAACAAGAGAUUACUAUGUAAUGCCAGCACUGGCCAGUAGGGGUCGCUGUAUGUGGAGACAGGCAGGGAUAGGAAGUUUCAGCAUAUCCCUCCCUGCCUAUCUCUAUUCACUGAUCUGCAGGGGUGCAGCUACAGAGAGUCCAGACAGCAACUCCCACCCUGCAGAGACAGCCUACAGCUCAGGGAAAUAAGGGAUGGGGGGAAAGGCUGCAAGGAGACAUGGGGACACUGAGACACUAAGGGACAUUGGGAGACAUUAUGACACAGACACAUGGGGACACAGUGUCCCCAUGUCUCCCAGUGUUCCCAUGUCUCCCAGCCAGUGUCCCUUGUGUCUCAGUGCCCCCAGUCUACCAGUGUCUCACUGUCUCCAUGUCUCCUAGUGCCUCCAUGUCUCCCAGUGCCUCAAGUGUCUCAAUGUCCCCAUGUCUCCAAGCUAGUGUCCCUAGUGUCUGUUGCCCUGGUGUCUCCUUGUCCCCAUGUCUCAAUGUCCCCAUGUCCCCCAGCCAGUGUCUCUAGUGUCUGUGUCCCCAUGUCUUCAAGUGUCCCCUAUUUUCCCAGUGUCCCCAUGUGUCCCAGCCAGAGUCCCCUAGUCUCCCAGUGUCACUGGUGUCUCAGUGUCCCUAGGUCUCCCCGUCUUCCUAGUGACAUGGGGACCCUGGGAUACAUGGGGACACAGGGAGACAUGGGGCAUUGAGACACUGUGAUACAUAGGAUCACUGGGAGAUCUGGGGACACGACACUAGGGGACAAUGGGAGACAUGGGGCACUGAGACCUGGAGUAAUCGACACAUAGGGGCACUGGGAGACAUGGGGCCACUGGGAGGAAUCCAUCUAUACAGCAGAAUCAAACUAAGUAGUUUUUGGGUGAUUUUACAGCAUUUCUCUUAUGUCACUCCUUGUGAUUUACAUCAUGUGAUGUCACCCAUACAUAUUUAAUUAUGCAAAUUAGUAAGGCCGGUAUGUUUUUCCAAGAAAGGUGGCAACCCUAACUACUUUUCACAUACUCUUACUUAAGUAUGGAAACUUAAGAGGGAUGUAUGGGAACAAAACUUGUGUGGACUGGCUGACAAUGAAUAUAGUUAAAGGGACACUAGAGUCACCAGAACAACUACAGCUUAUUGAAUUUGUUCUGGUGAGUAGAAUCAUUACCAUCAGGCUUUUUGCUGUAAACACUGUCUUUUCAGAGAAAAUGCAGUGUUUAUAUUACAGCCUAGUGAUAACUUCACUGGCCACUCCUUAGAUGGCUGUUAGAGAUCCUAAAAUGCAUCCAAACAUUCAGUAUCUCGGGGGCGGGGCCGGGCCGCCGAGCUGGAUGGCAGCCAUGAGCUUUAGCUCUGUCCCACGAUCCCCAAAAAACGACUUCAAAAGUGGUCAUGCAGCAUCAAAAAGGGGACACCCCGGUAACCGAACGAUAAUGCACGCAUCCUGCACCAGUAGGAUACCUACAUGGGGCCAAUCCCGCACCAAGAGAGCAAAAAGCAAAAAGCAGGCAAACAUGGCAAACACGGCCGCACAUGGAGGGAGGCAGGAAAGGCGAAGCGGCCCGGCGGGGCAAACGUUGAAAAAGAGACCUGGACCCAAAGCUGAACGGAUGGGCCCGGCGGGCGGCACGGCCCCGCUCCCCCCCCCAGGCCGGUGGGGGUUAUCCCGGCCACAUGGUGAUGAUCUCCGCGGCGACGGAGGCCCGUGCGGGUCGAUCACCUACACUGGCAAAGGCUCCCAGGAACAGCCCGCCAGCAGAUAAGGGCAGAUGGAAUACAAGCACGCACGAAGUGAACUACGCACCUUUAUGUGGAGGCUUCUGUAUGAGGCUCGAGGGGCCCCAACGGCUGUCGGCCCACGGACGGACACCCCGGAGGGCCUACCCCCUGGUGACGAUACUGGACCCUGCAUCUGAGUUUCUGGGUGGCUCGGAGAAGGAUGUCCCCGACGCAGUGAGUCCUGUGGGGCCAGAGGGCUCUGAACCCCUCCGGUUUACCGGUGGCCGGGAGGGAGGAGGCGCACCGGCUCUAAGUGUGAGGCCUGCGCCGGGUGAGACUCGCGGGCCCAGUUGUUAUGUGGCAGCGCAAACGACGCUGGGGAGGUGCAGGGGACGGAGAGUGCUGGGACUUUUGUGGGGGGUCUCAUGGACUGACCCGGACCCCGAGUGCCCACGGCAUCGCAGAACGCCCCGCGGGGGCCUGAGUCCAAGGGGUGGACAGACGGAAGACUGACACCCUGAGGGACCGCACCGAUCCAGUAUGCAGAUAGCUUACAGCUCUAUAAUUCAGCUCAACAUGCACCGCUGACAACCACGGGACUAUACCUAUAAGCAAGCUCACGUGCAAUUCUGGACACUUGAGCAGUUUCUCAACUGAGCUUCGAUACAUAUAAAGAAUACUUAGGGGCUUUUAUACAUGUUCUCAGUUAAUACCAGUUCAAAUUUUUUUUUUUUUAAGGAAUAGCCCGCAACCUAUGCUUUAACAGCUGCAUGCAGUCCGCAUCUAUUCCGCUUACAUGAUGCUGUAUCUAAAUUACCAAUUGAAUGUGCAGUAAAUGCUAAAAUGCCCAUAAGGGCCAAAGGUAGACACUGAUAAAUAUUUAUUCACUGACUGCCGCACGAGAGUCGGGACAGUCGCCUAUAACUGCAUACCUGAUAUCCAAAUAGCUUAAGUAUUGAUUAAGGCAACAAAUUGCAAACAAAUAUGCUCUUUGUGCUGAAAGUUGAAAAAGUUUUGAUACAUUAGAUUGUUACUUAAUGUCAGACCCUAACUAGCAAGCUAAUCCAUAUGCCUCUGUAUGGGAGACAAUCUGCAUUUACCAAUUAGCACACACGCAACACUGGUAUACACCAGAUAACAUAAAACACUUACUUAACGCUAUAAUCGAAAUAAUAAGGCAACACAGUACAUAAGAGUAUAAAACAUAAAGCAACCACAUACGAACACAAACACAAGACAGGACGAUGUCGCCGAUCCACAGGCAACCAAAUGUAUACGCAGUGUCAAACCAUUGUCUGUCAACAUAAAACACUUACUUAACGCUAGAAUCGAAAUAAUAUAGCAACACGGCACAUGAGAGUAUAAACCACAAUGCAACCACAUGUGAACACAAACACAAGACAAGACAAUUUCGCCUCCACGCGGGCAACUAAAUGUAUAUGUAAAACAGGAUAAGCUAAACAGGCUAAGACGGAUUCGCCUCUGCGUAGGCAACCAAAAUUAUAUACUGUGUUGAACCAAUGCUUGAGCCCCUGCGUGGGCAACCACUUGCUUUGUUACAAAUCAGUUUGACGUAUGAACCUAUGUUAUGCAUACAAUAAAAAUAUUCAAAACAAACAUUCAGUAUCUCCUCCCUCUGCAUGCAGACACUGAACUUUCCUCAUAGAGAUUCAUUAAUUCAAUUCAUCUCUAUGAGGAGAUGCUGAUUGGCCAGGGGUGUGUUUGAAUCAUGCUGGCUCUGCCCCUGAUCUGCCUCUUUGUCAGUCUCAGCCAAUCCUAUGGGGAAGCACUGUGAUUGGAUUAGGCCACCACUUCUAAUGAUGUCAGCAGACUGCUUGUUUUUAUGAGUCUAACAGCAUGCAGAGUUACAGCUUCAGGCUUGAAUACAGUAAGAUUUUUCUAUAUUUAUGGAGGCAUGAGGGGCCCAGGGGGGCUAGAUGGUGGUGUUAACAUAUAGGGUCAUGAAUUCAUGUUUGUGUUCCUGACCCUAUAGUGAUACUUUAAGGUAAUGCUGACUUUGGUCUCUCUAACACUGUGGCAUGUUCCCUUUCUUCUACACUCACUACAUACAGCUUUUCUCUGUCCCAGACUAUAUACCAGGAGCUUCUGCCUGCUAGUAAGAAGGUAAGGAGACAAGUGGACCAGUGAGUGCUAGGGGACAGUCCUUAGAAAGCGUUGAUCAUUAGAUGCAUUUAUGCCAAGCUCAGGGUGCUGUCUGCAUAGUAUGCCCUUAGUUGGCCAGCUGCAUGAUUGGCAGGCAGCCUGACAUGCAUUCAUACCAGGCUGGCCUUCUAAUUCUUUGGGCAGACAUGCCCUCUUUUUGGGCAUGUUCGCCCCUUUUGGCAGGUUACGUGAUUUGUGUCAGUGGCACACCCUUUUACCGUGCCCAUUGACUUCCUGCUUGACUGGACACUGCUGUUAGGGGUUAUGGAUUUACUUGAAAGAUGAAAACAUAAAUUAGUGAGAGAUUAGCCUAGGGUAUGUGUUUUCUUAGAGCUGCUGUUUUAUUUCUCUCCAGCACCAUCUCCAUCAGAUACAUGACGCUUGGGAGUGUUUUACUGUUUUUGGUUGAUAUGAUUCUGUAAUUAGGCCCGUCAUAAUUGUCAGCACCAGGCCCACUGGGCUCUUAAUCUGGCCCUGGGAACAGUCCAAGUACCAUAACCGGGUUAUAGUUUAGCCACCGUUAAACUAUGUGAUAUUAAAGAUAUGCUAGGCUUAAAUGGCUGAUCCAAGCACCAUGACCACUUCAGUGAUUUAAAAUGGUCAAGAUGAUUGGAAUCUCACUGCACAGUGACUGGAUUGUCUUCUGGCUUCAACAACUCUGAAGAAGCCGGUUGUCUUCACCAGAGGUGAAAGGACCCUCAGAGUCCGACUGGACCCAUGUAAGAGGGCUAACCAUUGCUAUAUGGUUUGCCCCAUUGCAGAUGAAACGGGCCAGGUUACUCCUGGCACUAUAACCACUACAGUGUGCUCCUAAUUUGCAGUGAACUAACUCCUAAAUGACAGAGAAUUUAACAGUUAGACUGCAGGGGUAUGAUCUAUACUCCAAAACCACUCGUGAAGCUAAAGUUGUUUUGGUGCUUCGAGUAUUUCUUUAUAGUCACACAACUAACAUCAUCUCAACAGCAGCUUAUGACAGAAAUGUUUUUGUGUAUAGUUAUAUAUCAGCCAUUACUGUAUGAACGUAAGAUCCGCAGGAGAGCCAUACAGGACUCCAUGUCCAAAACUAGUCUUUUUAAUUCAAAUACUAGCUUAAGAAAGUUUCUCAAACAUAUUCAACAUGCACUGAAUAAAAGUAAAUAAUGCAUAAACAUAAUUGUGAAAACAAGUUAAACAUACAGAGAUCUGCCUUUUGAGCACCCGUGAUCUAAAGAGAAUAGGGUAUAAUUCCCUUGUAUCCAGCGUGAGCAUAUUACCAAGAGCGCUUAUGUAUACAAUCUGAGCUUAGGGCAUUCAGCCCAUAUGAGAGGCUUCAACAGCAGUUUUCAAUAAAUCAAUAUACUUACCUUAACUCUAUCAACAAUCUGUUCUCCGUCCUGUUGCCCCGCCUCCUUGGCUAAGAUCAGUCUUUACGAUCUCAACCAAUCAAAUGCUUCCCCUUAGGGAAACAUUUCGAGGCUAGUGCUCAUGCGGGCAAAAUGCCAUGCUGCGCCAAUCAAAUGCCCUCCAGGAGCAGCAUUUCAUUGAGAACCGAGAUUCAGUUUUAGGAAGGAAGCACGUCUAGUGGCUGUCAUGAAGACCACCAUUAGUAGUGUGUUAACCCUGCAGUCAUAACAGUGCUCUAUCCAGGACCAGAUUUAUCCUCAUUGCUGGUCCAAAGUCACCCCCCACCACACAUAUACAUAGCAAGUUUGGUGUAUGUGACUGGAUAGGUGAAUGUGAUGAGUUUGGGAUACAGUUGGAUGGUGAAUGUGAUUAAGUAGGUGAUUGGAUGUGGGACAGGGCUGUGUGGGGUAAUAUGUGUGUGUGUGUGGAGGAUGCUUGUGGGGUUGUGUGUGGCAGCGGGUUACUUGUAGUUCUUCAUGUUAGUGGGGACAUUAAUUGUAUGGUGUGUGUAUGUUGUGGGGGGUAUGGCUGCUUGUGAUGCUGUGUGCGUAAAAGCAAGUUCUGGUUUUACAUGUCUCUGUUGAUGCUAUUUUUGGGGUUGAGUGUGUGUGCAGUUGCACGAAUAGGGAGGCUGCUUGUACAGUUGCUUAUGUGGAAGGAAGGCUUUUGUAAGGCUGUGUGUUUGUGCAGGCAGAACUGUUUGCAGUGUAGUAUUUGUGUCCAUGUGAAUUGUGGACAGAGGCGUAACUACAAACCUCGGGGUUCCGGUGCGAAAAUUGCUCUGGGGCGUCCCCCCUAAAAAAUCUACCCCCCGAUAUGUCUACUUCCUGCCCCCAUAUGUCUACUUCUCGCUUCCCCCAUACAUCCACCCCCUCCCUACACACACAUGCAGACAAACAGAUAUAUAUGCAGUCACACACAUAGACACACACAUAUACAUACAGACAUACGUACAUAGACACACACAUAUACACACACACACACACACACAUAUACAUACAGACAGACAGACACACAUACAUACGGAGAAACAUAAAGACACACAUACACAAACACACACAAACAUAUAGAGACACAUACGUACAGACACACAUACACUAAUACAAACACAAAUGCAAAAUGUUUAAGUCACCCUUCUGUUACCUACCUUUUAGGUGCAGGAAGGUGACUUUCCCUGGGGUCCAGUGGUGGCUCAGGCUGAUGGGAGUCAGAGUUCCCACUCUGACCCCCUGCUCUCCAGCCUCCCCCCUAAAAAAUCUACCCCCCGAUAUGUCUACUUCCUGCCCCCAUAUGUCUACUUCUCGCUUCCCCCAUACAUCCACCCCCUCCCUACACACACAUGCAGACAAACAGAUAUAUAUGCAGUCACACACAUAGACACACACAUAUACAUACAGACAUACGUACAUAGACACACACAUAUACACACACACACACACACACAUAUACAUACAGACAGACAGACACACAUACAUACGGAGAAACAUAAAGACACACAUACACAAACACACACAAACAUAUAGAGACACAUACGUACAGACACACAUACACUAAUACAAACACAAAUGCAAAAUGUUUAAGUCACCCUUCUAUUACCUACCUUUUAGGUGCAGGAAGGUGACUUUCCCUGGGGUCCAGUGGUGGCUCAGGCUGAUGGGAGUCAGAGUUCCCACUCUGACCCCCUGCUCUCCAUCCUCCUCCCGCUCUGCUGUCUCUGAUAGCUGUGAGAAGUGGGAGGAUGUCAUCACAGGGGUCUGGUUGCGCUGUUAAAGUGCUGCAACGCUGACCGGGCCCCCUAGAUAUUCAUUGCCAUCGGGUAGGCCUAACAGCAUGGGCCGGCGGUGGGCAUCAUGGUCGCAGGGGUCCACAUGGCGACUGGGCCCCCUGGAGUGACGAGCCUGGUCGCAGCUGCGAUCACCUCGACCACAGUAAUUCAAAGACAUUCCUGUGGCAUUAAUAAAUUUGUCUCGCAGUUAUUCAGGCUGUUGUGUAGCAUUUGCAUAAUAAUUCUAAUAAAUCAAGUAGUGAAACUGAGAUGAUAUAUAAAUAUAUAAAUUGCUAUCUACUCCCUUCUAAAGUCCUAUUGCUGGGUCUUUGCUCCAUGUGAUAGGUGUUCUUUUCAGAAAGCCGAGCACCUGUUUGACUUCUUUUUCAAACAUUUUGAUCACUGGGUUCUUCUGGUCAAUGUCACCAUAGAGAGUGGCUGUUCCACCGGAGUCUGUCUCCAUGGCACUUGACUUCAGAGUGGGGCUUGGAAUGCAAAGUGGAAAAUUGUAGUUCCCACUCUGAUUAAAUGUGUGAUUUACCCCCACCUCAUUCCCCCCAGUAUGAGAAUUGGCUGGCAUGUGAGGGAGACUUUUGAUCCUUCCACCAGCCUUGCCACCCCUCUGAAACCUGCUAAAGAAGGCCACGGCCUUGGUGGCCUUGUGGAGAAUCCAGCCCUGGCUGUAUCUACUAAACAGCAAUGUUUUAGAUUGCAGGGUUAAAACUAAAGGGAUAGUGCACCCAGAUCAUUAAAUUGAGAUGAAGUGGUCUUGGUGCAUUUAGUGGUUCUUUAAAACAGGAACCAACUCUAACUGCCUCACCUGUGAUACACAUCAUAGAACUUGCAAGCCCCCUAUUUUUUGGAGCCCCACCUGUAGAGCAGGGGUGGCCAAAGCGUAGAUCCUCAACUGCCAUACAACUCAAUGAUGCUAAUGUGCAUUGUGUACCUUUUUGUGCGUAGUAUUGGAGUUUGAAAGCAGGGGUAGGUUUUUGGGUAGUUUUACGGUUUGUAGCUUUUUACACACAUUCUAUAGUGUUUGAAUUCUGUGAUGUGUUUAUUUUUUUAGUAUUUGCAUUCAUAGGUGUGUUUGUGUUUGAAUGCUGUGGUUUGUUUGUGUGUAGUAUUGGCAUUUCAAUGUAGUCGUGCGUUUGCGUGUAGUGUUAAUGUUUGCAUCAUGCAUCAGCAUAUUCACUUACAGUCACAGACAUUUCAUAGUACCACACACAGAAACACACAAACACUGCCACACAAAAAUGCACAUAGGCAAAUACGCACAGUAAAAUAAAAAAAAUUAGAAAGGUUUAGAACAGCCAGGAGGUGGGCAAGAAAUCCUAUCAAUGUUUUUGUUAAAUAAAAAUAUAUAAAGUUAAAAAGUUUUGGUUACCUUAUUUUGUGCAAUGUGCUACCUCCACAGUACAGCAAUGGUUAAAUCUCACAGCCACAAUUUACUUCUGUUUGCCAACAGCCUAAAGGAUGUUUUUAGGUCAAUACUCAAAAAUAGUAGUUUGUAAUUUCACUUCUAAGCAAGCACAUUGCCAUAAUGUGUCGUAUAUCUUCUUGGGUAAAUAGAACAGUCAUCUGAAUAUCAUAUUUUUAGACUCAGCAAAUUUAUUUGUAUCUAGUAAAAACAAUCAUCUCCCUUUGCCCCCUAGGAUAAGCAUGUGUAAUUCAAUUUAAUUAGAAGAUUGGACAUUUUUCACAAAAACACUGCAGCAACCCUUUCCACACUAUUUUGCCGAUGCUGGCUUUAAAAAAAUAAUUCAAAAAUAACUAACUUUCUCUUUGAAGUAAUGGCUGGAAACCAACCAAGGAUAAACAGAGGAGAGUAAAGAAAUUGUGCAAAGCAUCCCGGUACACACAACUCUCUGUCACAAGGAAAUGUUUUGUCCCCGUGGCCAAGUUAAUUUUGGCCAGCUUGUAUCCUUCAAACAUUUAUGCUGGCAGCAAUCUAUGCGUGUCUCUCUUAAGACCUCAGCUUGCUUAGAGACACGAAAACACAAGGGCUGCUGUCUUUCGCUUGGGAAUUUAAAAAAAAUAUAUAAAAAAAUUUUUUUAAAGAAAUAAUUAACAAAAAAUUGAGAAACCAAAGUCAACAUUAUUUGUUCUUCAAAAGGUGCAAGGUUUAUUUUGCAAUCAGAUAGACCAAUAACUGAUGUGAGAUUCUUGUGUCAGUGUGUCUAUUGCUAGACGUAUUUAGCCCCUGUUUUGUAACUGUUAGAGUUUCUGCACAGGUUAGGACAGGAUGUACCAGAUUUAAAUUCAAUGAUUGAGAUACAAAGGAUAGUUUAUUUAUGUGUAUGUUUUUACUUUGAUCACGGAAGUGCUUGCUUAAUAAUGCACUAAUAAUGUUUUUUAGAAGAAGAAAACAUUUAUUUCUUAGCUCAGAUCUUCACAGACAGAUUCUUUAACCCCUUAAGGACACAUUACAUGUGUGACAUGUCAUGAUUCCCUUUUAUUCCAGAAGUUUGGUCCUUAAGGGGUUAAAGGAACACUAUGAUAUUAGGAAUAUAAAGCUGUGUUACUAACACUAUAGGGUCCUUCUGCCCCGGCAGCACCCCCUUCAAUGAAACGGUUAAAAACCCUUUAAAGCAUUUAAGCAAUUCCAGCGGUGAAGUCCCUCGGCGCUGGCUCGGUCUCUGCCUCCUCCAACAUCAUUGCGAGGGGGAAUCUAGUAGCAAGCUCAGAAAACGCCAUUCGUACAUUUGGCCUUGCUCAUAGGAAACUAUUGAAUCAAUGCUUUCCUAUGGGGUUUUGCAAGACAUCAACAUACAAAGUGUGAGGACAUCCAUUGUUGUUUCACAGAGUUAAACUCUGUGAAACAGCAGGAAGCGCCUCUAGUGGCGAUCUGGUAGACAGUCACUAGAGCAGUCUUAACCAUACAAUGUAAGAAGCAGUUGGGCAGCAAUGGCCUUCCAGUCGUAGUUUUAAACAGUUGUUGCAUGACAGGUAGGGGCAAAGCGACGUUUUAAACUUCCUCUAUAGUAAUGUAGGGAUCUUAUUGACCCCCAUUGGGAUGAAUAGUGUGAAAAAUUUCAGGACUUUGCUGUCCGAAUUGCCCCGGAUGGUUUUAAUUUUGGGAUUUUAGUGAUUAACCCCAUAAGAGUUAAUCUUUGUAACAUGUUGACUGAAUUUAUUGUAAAUGUAUAUAUUUUCUAAAAAUAAUCUAUAUAGAAAAAUGUCCCACUCCUUCCAAAUUUCAAUCACUUCCACCAACAUUGUACUUGCUGAGGAGGUUCUCCUGCUCCUCUUUACAACAACUACAGCGUAGUCACUCAACUCAGAUGCUAAUGUACCGGCAAUGAAGGAUAGGCACGCCGUGCUUUGGAAAACAUUUUCAAACAAGGUCGUUUGUGGAUUAGGGAAGAAGGUUUUGUGUUACAUUACAUGUUGAUAAUUUUGUGUCAGGGUAGAGCAGAAAGUUGAGCAGGAGAGCCUUCCUACAAUUGUGUCUCCUGCUUUUUGUCACUGUAGUAUUCCCCCAGCUAUAAAGCCUUCUGCCUGCUGGAGUAAUAUGGGAAUGGAAUUAUUGCUGUCAAUCCAUUCUGACACUGAAAACCUCUGAAAUCACCUGGCUGUCAAUCAUACAAUUGGACCUGUUACUUCCUGGUUUGGUUAACUCAGAGAAGUUGAAAUCAAGAGGCAACAACUGCCCAGAGCACCUGCCUUGCAAAGAUUUCUCACUGAGUUGCAUGGGGAAGUCUGUGAUUGGACAGCCACAGAAAAUCUGGGCAGGGCUAGAGGGGGAGGGCUUGCAAAGGCUGCAGACCAGAGAAAUGCAGGUUUUGCAAGCUGUUUUUAAAUAUACCCCAAUGAAUGACAAAUGCAGCAAUUAAUGCAUGCGUUCAUCAGGAGUAUUUCUACUAAAAUAUAUAUAUAUAUAUAUAUAUAUAUAUAUAUAUUUAUUUAUUUAUUUUUUAAAAGUUCCUUUAUUUCAACUGCAGUAUAUCACUGAUGUUUUAAUGACCAGAGCUUCAAAAAUAACAAAACUUAUUUUAUUCUGUUUGUUGAUGCUGGAAAAAGCACCAAUGCAUUCUGGUCUCUCUUUGCUUACAGCACAGUUAAAGGUAAGACGUACAUAGCCGAGGUGAAGGAGAAACACCAAGCCAAAAAGAUGUAUGAAGAAGCUAGAAAGCAGGGGAAAACUACUGCCCAUGUCGGGACCAGGUGAGAAUUCAAAUGGUGACCUCAAGCUUCCAGACAUGAUCAAACUGGGUAAUAUUGCCUUCAAAUGGCUAAGCCUGAUAACAAUCUAUAGCAAAGGUCAAGGAUAGACAACCUUUAGAACUUCAGAUGUUGUGGACUACAUCACCUGAUGCUUUACUAGAAUUUUGGCUCUAACAGCAUUAUGGGAGAUGUAGGCAACCUUUGCCACUGAUCCCUUCCUUCUGGAUAUUCAAGAUGCCCUUAAUGUACAAACUUGUUUAGGGUCAUAUAUUGUCUAUAGGCACAUGCCUAAACUAAUUUGGAAAGUCAACUAGUAGCUUGAAACAAUCUAUAUGUAACACCAUUAAAAAAAUGAAAAAACAUUUCUCCUUUUCUUUAAAACGUAUUAUCUGUAAUACAUGAAUAUACGGUAUUAUACUUUAUGUUAUACAUAGUUGAUGUUUAACUUUUUUUGUUAUUUUAUACGUUCCAUGUUGUACCUGGCCACCAAAGGCCAUUUUGUAAGAAAUACUGUUUGGGGACCAAUAACCCCUUGGAAGCGGGUGUUGAUUCGUUUUUCUGUGACGUUAGAGUAAUUACAUGAGCAGGAACAGGCCUGCUAAAUAUUAUUUAACAAGAAAACAUUAAGAAUGAAGGAAGUGAUGGAUGCUAAGAAAGUAACAGAAUGAUCUUGACCCAAGAGGCUUUCAUUUAAAUACUGUAGUCUUUGUAUCUUUUUUUUUCAAAGUGUAAAGGUUUAAUUUAAGAUUGUCUCCAGGGACAGAGACACUGAGAAGUUCCGAGUGAUGGUAAAUGUGGAAGCAGGUGGAGAAAUUGGGUUCACUCUGACCUACGAGGAACUGCUGCGGAGGCAACUUGGAAAAUACGAGCACGCUGUGAGUGUGAGACCUGGGCAAAUUGUCCAGAAUCUUAGCGUGGAGGUGACUAUUUCUGAACGCACAGGGAUAGAAUACGUCCAAGUGCUACCUCUGCGUACUAGUCGCCUGAUGACAAACGCAGUGCGAGGUACGUGCAUUCUACGAGAAAUCGGUUGGUUUAUUCAAGAGGAAAGAUGUUCAAGAUUUUAUAUGUCUGUAUUCACUUUAGGGUGAACCUGUCAUCAGGGCCGGUGCAAGAAUUUUUGCCGCCCUAGGCAAAAGUAAAGUUUGCCGCCCCGCCCAUGUGACAUCACAAUGCCCCACCCAUAUGUUAACUAACGCCAGUGCUGCAGUGCCGCCGUGUUUACAUUAAAAAGCCUGCAGGGACAGGCUAUGGACACCAGAACCACUACAUUAAGCUGAAGUGGUUCUGGGGACUAGAGAUUAGUGCCACGAAUAAUAUACUAGAUUGCCUACUUACAACCAGAUGAGGAUGAUGAUGGGCUCUAGCUGCAGUCUGGCUCCACUGGUCUGGUGUAGAACAGGCUCUCUGGAGGCUGUUUAUAACUGUGGUCACAAAAAUCAAUGUUCUGGGAGAACGAGAAGCAGCUCCAUUUUUUUAAGGCCCUUUACACAGCUCAAGGUCUGGGUCCCAUGGUCCACCUUCAUGUUCCACCAAUGAGUUUGUUCACAGGGGGUGGAGUAGGGGGAUGUCCUGAUAUGUGUGUAAGGAAUGCAUUGUGUGAAUCUGUGUUUGUAUCUGUAAGGGCUGCAAGGUGUGUUUCUGUGUAUGUACGGGAUGCAGUGUGUGCGUCUGUAAGGAAUGCAUUGUGUGUUUCUGUGUGUGUAAGGGAUGCAUUGUGUGUAAGGGUUGCAUUGCUUGUGUGUGUGUCUGUGUGUGUAAUGCAUUGUGUGUUUUUCUGUGUGUAAGGGGUGCAUUGUGUGUGUGUCAAUUCCCCCCCCCUUCCCUGUCAAUCCCCCCUUUCCCUGUCAAUUCCCCCCCUUUCCCUGUCAAUUCCACCCCCCCUUCCCUGUCAAUUCCACCCCUUUCCCUGUCAAUUCCACCCCCUCUUCCCUGUCAAUUCCCCCCCUUUCCCGGUCAAUUCCACCCCCCCUCCCCUGUCAAUUCCCCCCCCACACUUCCCUACCAUUGUUGUAGCGUGGCCGAGCCCUCUAUGAUCCGUGGGCACUGGUAGCUUUUGUUUCCUGUACCCGGCCGGACUUACAGGAAGAGCACACUCAGUGUGCAUUUCCUGUUAGUCCGGCCGGGUACAGGAGACAGAUGCUCCCUGUACCUGCGGACCAAUAGAGGGCUCGGCCACGCUACAGUGAGGGAGUGACAGGAGGGAGCGCUCAGCGCUUCCCACCUGUCAGCCCCUCUCCUCAUGCUGCGCCCGGGCGGUGCGCCCUCAUGGAUGCACCGCCCAGGCAAAGCUGCAGCCGCCUGAGGCUCUCUACAGAGCGCUCGGGUGGCUGCAGCAUGAGGGGGCCAGCGCUCCUGGCGGCGCCCCUUCCCAAGGGGCGCCCUAGGCGGCUGCCUAGUCCGCCUAACAGGUAUCGCCGGCCCUGCCUGUCAUGUUAAAUACAGGUUUGCGGUUUUCUAAUCACGUGGCUUGACUUAUGUUAUAAAAUUAAAAGUUUUGUCUCUUAAUACUGUUAAAAGCUCAUAUUUUAAUAUAUAUCCAUUACUCCUGUCUCCUGCUGAGAGCAUCAAUUAUGUUUUCAGUGUGUGUUCUGAAGGACACACCUUUCCUGGAUACCCCUGUUUGGGAAGUACCGUAUAUUUCCGUGUAUUAGACUCCCCCAUGUAUAAGACGACCCCUAUUUUUUGAGCCCAAAAUUAAGAAUUCAAUUUUUUAAACAUCCAAUAGAACAACUCUGAUAUUUUAGAGGUGACUUCUGAGAAAAACAACACCCUUCUCAUGCCUCCCCUGUGCUAAGGUACUCUGUGAAGUUAAUGGCUCCAUAGUGCAUGCUGGGAGACUACAGCUCCCACUAUACAGCAGGUGGUGUGAGGGCAUGCUGGGACAUCACAAUAGUGUUCCCUCUGCUCCCUGAUCCCCAUUUCCUUCCCCAUAAAUAUAAAUCAGAAAGCAAGACCUACCUGAGGUGUAGCAUGACUGCUCCUUUUAUGGUGUGGCUUGUCUCUGGAACCUCGUUGGUGGUAAGUGCUGACGUCUGCUACAGCUUCCACGCAUAUAGGGAUCUCUUCCUCCUUGCCGCAGCAUUCAGAAGUGGAUCGGGCGGGAGGUAGGCCAGGUAUGUGUGUGGGCCGUGACACACUGAAAUGCGACAGGCGCCAUCUUAACUUAGGCCCCAUCUUAACUUAGGCCCCACAUACAAGUGUUUAUUUUUAACCCCUGCAUUGACAUUCCGUAUAUAAGACGAACCCCAAUUUUAGACAAAAAAAAAAAUUUAGAAAAAUAAAAAAAUCUUAUACAUGGAAAAAUUACGGUAAUUUACUUCACCUGUCUACAGAUGUUGUGGCUGAUCAGUGUAUAUACUAGUUAUUUUAGUUAUUUAUAUAAUUUAAUAAAAUAAAGCUUUUUACUUAACUUUUUUGCAGCACCAAGUCUCCCUGCUCAUCACUCCACCUCCCGUAACUUCAUCGAGGAGGCAUGGCCUUCUCCCUCAAUGGUCAAAUCCACUGCUCGUCAUAGAGCAGAAUUGGGGACCUGAUGUGCAUGCGCAGCGAGUACACCCAAUGCUUUCCUACAAGCUUCCACAACACAUAACAAUUGGCCGGGCCCCCUCAUUUAGAUACACACUAAAUGUUAUACACACACACAGAUACUCUCACAUAAACUGUUAUACAAUGCAUUCUAGAAUACACACAUACACAAUGCCAGACACAAAUACACACAAGUACACAAGGUAUACUUUGGCACAUAGACAGAUUCCAGCUUUCAAAAACACAUGCCACACACACACACACACACACACGUAUGCACUCAUACAGCAUCAAACAGACACACAGUCAUGCACAUGCAGUCAAGCACAGUCUCAUUCACCUUCAGACACAUAUGCACUGUGAGAAACAUACAAAUGGUCAGACACACACAACCUCGGCUCAUACACAUACACAGAGUGUCAAACAGACACACAGCCAGCUAUAUAUUUAUAUGUAGAGGUAUAUGGUUGCGAGGGAGAAAGCAAGAUCAUGCGAUGACAAAGUAAUAUUCAUUCAUGUUACAAAAUUAUGAAGUAUAAAAGCAGGUCAUUUAAUCACUGCAUGGCAAGGAACCUGAGACAAGGCUUACACAUCAAGCCAAUGUCCUUAAGACAACCCUGGGAAAGUGGUAGGUUGGUUGGUGACUGCCAAGAGCAUCAGUCACCAGACAAGCUAUUGACCAUCCCAGUAAAUCCCAGUGUACUCACCAGCCACUCACUGUGCAAUGUUUGUCCAAUAGGGUGUUGGUGCUACAGAUCCAGUACAGGGUGUAGCAGGUGGUUCCAGCUCUGAGAAUGGAACAUGGAUGCAUGUAACCCAAGAUUAGCAGCAGGACCUCAUCACUGAAGUCCAGUGGGCGCUCUGCGCAGGCUCCCUCUCACAUUGUGGGGUGACAUGCUCACAUGGUCUCCAGAGCCAUUGCCCCCAUUCAUCUUCUAGUGUUACACUCUGUGUAACACUGUCUAACAUCCUCACCAACUGCCUCAUCUCCUUUUCUCUGCCUGCACACUAUUCCCACCUGCUAAUGAAGCAUUGGGCCAUACCAAAAGUGGACCUGAGAUGGUCCAGGCUCUUUUCAAGAGUACUGCCUGUAACCCCCUGAUGGUAGCCCUGCCCAGACCACUUUAUAAAGAUGAAGUGGCCUGUGUCACUAUAAUGUUCCUUUAAUCUCUGAUUGUAUAGAAAUCUAGACAUAUGCUAGAAAUUCUGGUAGCACAAGGCAUGGAUGAAAUUUAAUUUUUAAUUAUUUAUGAUAAAGUUGUAUUUGUCGUGGCAGGUACCCUUUAAUAUUUGGACAGCAGUAUUUUCUUGAAUUACUUCUCCUAGGUUUUGAUCCAAACAAUUAAACACAGUUUUGGUUUGUUUAUGCUCUCUACCCUUCAGGAGAGACUAAAGUACCCCCAUCCACUAAGCUUGAGAAGGGUCCACACUGUGCCCGUGUCAUUUUUUCACCAUCACCUGCACAGCAGACUGCCCAGUCCAGCUCCGGCAUCGCAGCAGAUUUCGUCAUCCAAUAUGAUGUUGCUCUGAAGGACCUCGCUGGGGAUGUUCAGGUCAGACACUGUCAUUAAGAACUUUCUAUAGAUAGUUUGGACUUUAUCCAUCUGACCUGGUCUUCCAAAUGGACUUCUCAUCACAUGUCAUUCUACACACAUUUUAACAUGAUUUAAAGUGACACUUGCUCCUUGCAUAAGUUAUGGUGCAAGGAGGUCCACCCACUAACCCUUUGUCUUUGCAUAUCAGUGGAUUCAACCUCAGCAAUUUGCAAAAGUAUAUAUAUCCCUUUGACAGACAUCACAGAUUUAAGAUAAUGCUUCCUCUCUGACUGUCCAAGUACUUGACAGGGGCAUAGUCGCCAUAUGGGCAGGCGGAAUUUAAAAAAACACACAAAAAAAAAACAUACCUACCCCAAUAAAACACAGACACUAGGGUAUAUGGGUCACAAUUAGUGCAAAUACAUAAAUAUAGGUGAGAGCACACACAUAAAUAAGUGUUAUGUUACCACUUCAAGGCUUCUGUACACAUAAAAUCAAUAGAUAUCUGUAAUAAAAUAAAUAAUAGAGAUCAUAGCGUAAAAUGUAACAGAAUAUACAAUCUUUAAAAAAACAAUUGGUCAAACUCACAUGGCGCUGAGCCUAUUAUUAGCAGGCUCAUACUUUCAGGCUCUUCAGUAUAUGUGACCUCCCGAAUUCUGUUUACACGUCCUCCUCUCCCAUAAGGAUACAGUCUCCAAUCUUGGGUAGGAAUAAACAUGUUUUAUUGGACAACAAAUAUAUAUUAGGAAGUAUAAAACACAAUAUACUAAAAAAUAAAAAAACAGUAAAUGGCACAACGCGUUUCGACUCAAAUCAGUCUUUAUCAAGUGCAUACUGUUCUUCCCAUCUUUUAAACGCCGGUCCGGACAUUUCCUGCGUGUAUUUUUUAAUAUACAUCCUUUACUAGAUAUAUCUUGUUCUUAUCUAGUUCAGCAAGGGAUAUCGAGCCCCAUGGAUGUAUUGUUAAGUCUUCUGUAUGGAGUAAUAUGUAAAGAAUCAUCUACAUUUCCUUUUCCUCACUUUGUAAAUAUCUCCUGUUCUAUGAGUUUGCUUUAAUAUAUGCGGUUUAGAACCCAAGUGUCAGCAAUGUAUACAGUUUCUAUAUUAAUAAUUAUUAAUCCCAUCUUUUUAUCGUGAAUAAUAUGGACAAUAUUGACAAAGGCAUUAUUCCAGCCUGUUGCCCAUAGUUAAGGUGGAUGUAUAACACUAAAACGUCAUCAAAUAGAGACGCUACAUGGACCGAUAUUCUUGCCGAGCGCCGGAAGGUAGAAGGCGGAUAUGACAUCAUAUGAACCUACGAACCCGGACAUGGAACGGGAAUACACGCGGGAAAUGACUGGAACGGCGUUUAAAAGAAGGGAAGAACAGAAGAACAGUAUGCACUUGAUAAAGACUGAUUUUAGUCGAAACGCGUUGUGCCAUUUAUGGUUUUAUUAUUUUUUAGUAUAUUGUGUUUUAUACCUCCUAAUAUAUAUUUGUUGUCCAAUAAAACAUUUUUAUACCUACCCAAGAUUGGAGACUGUAUCCUUAUGGGAGAGGAGGACGAGUAAACAGAGUUCGGGAGGUCACAUAUACUGAAGAGCCUGAAAGUCUGAGCCUGCUAAUAAUAGGCUCAGCACCAUGUGAGUUUGACCAAUUGGUUUUUUAAAGAUUGUAUAUUCUGUUACAUUUUACGCUAUGAUCUCUAUUAUUUAUUUUAUUACAGAUAUCUAUUGAUUUUAUGUGUACAGAAGCCUUGAAGUGGUAACAUAACACUGAUUUAUGUGUGUGCUCUCACCUAUAUUUAUGUAUUUGCACUGGUUUUUAUUAAGUGUUUUUGGGGUGACCAAACACUGGUGAUUGUAGCAACACAAAUAUUAUUUUAUUCCGUUACUGUAUUUUGUUUUUAUAUGGAUCAAAAUUGUCCAAAUCUUUUAUUAAAUAAUAGUAUUGGUAAUAACUUAACAUUGAAAAGUCAUUGCCCUACACCCCGCCAUACCACAUCCGUAUUCCCACAGUUAGAUAUAAAAGGCAAUGACCCAUAUAUAAACACAAACAUAUAACAGUUUUUCAACAUGAACAAAAUUUAAAGUGCCAGCAUUUUUAAUUAACCAUGGUAGGGAUAUACCCGGAUACCCCAACCCCGCCAGGUUCUGAGCCACUGACAAGCUCGAAACCUACCAAACGUACCAAGAAUCAUAUUAACCAUUUCCAAACCAUCAUAAAGGAGAGCCUAUUCCCUAUGCUUCAGCUCACUAUCCAACCGCUGUGACAGAAUGGGACAACCCAGCCAGCAAAACCAGGGAGGGAGGGAGGGAGGGACAAACUCAACCAGGUAGGCAGAUUAAAAGCGAUUUUUCUAAGAUGGCUGCCUAUUUAUACAGUCCAGCAUCUCACCCUCUAAACCACCAAUCCCUACAUAGCUUCCUCCUAUGCCCGCCUCCUAGCUCUGUCAAGGCCCCUUUCCCCUAAGCUGUGCUUUUGUUACAUGGGGCUACAUAUACAGUGAGUGAGUGCUACAAGUCAUAUACAAUACUGUGAAAAUAGUUCUCAACGGCUAAUAGUAACUGCUUCUUGGUUUGAUUAGAGCUCACUGUAGUAGCUGCAAAACCUGCAAAAUAUGCAGAAAAUAGCAGCAUUUUUUGACAGAGACGUUUAAGUACUUGCUCCUAACACAGAUGGAGACUAAAUUUGACAAUGCAGAUACAUGCAAAUAUUUGCAAGAUCCAAAUCCCAUGAUGCACAUGCAUCAUCAAAAAUGUACUUCGCAAACUACAAACAAUUCAUAUGUGUGCAUGUGCGUGUUUAUUAAGGUAAAUCUUUUGAUGUAAAGAUCUCAAUAAGUUGGAAACAGUUUAAAAACAAAAUUCCAAGCACCAUAACUACUACAGCUAGCUAUAGUGUUUUUUAGCACCAGGAGUGCUCUAAUUCCCCCCCCCCCCCCAAUUGUAAGUAAUCAGACCAUCUUAGAACAGUUUAACGUCUUAACUGGGGUACGCCGGAUGCCAUUCCAUAUCUCUAUGCGGAACUGAAAGCUUUUAAGUAGUCAGCAGAUCUCUCUCAGUCAAUUAGCUAUACUCUGCAUCGCUGGGCUCAGCUCAGAUAGGGAGAUUCUGCAUCUCCAUAGGCAGAAUUGGAGGUGGGGUGCGGAUUCCAAGUAAGUAGUCAAACCAUUCUAAAUUGAUUUAAGUACUUACAUUGGAGGAGGAGUCUAGUGCAGUGACUAUGGUUCUUGAAGCAUUCCUUUUUUAUAUGUUACAAUCAAUACUUUCUCAUUUUUAUCAUUCAGAUUUACAAUGGUUAUUUCGUUCACUACUUUGCACCAAGAGGGCUUCCAACCAUCCAGAAAAAUGUGAUCUUUGUCAUAGACGUAAGCGGGUCUAUGUUUGGCACCAAAAUGAAACAGGUAAAUCUGUGCUUUUCGCUGUGUUGCUGUUGUAACUAAUUUUCAUGUACCCCAAUAACAGAAAUAGAAAUGGUAACACAUCAAAAACCCCAGGAAAGAGAUGGCAAGGGGGGGGAAAGAGAAAUAACUACGUACAGAAGGUGCAAAAAGGUACAAAAGGUAUCCAGAGACGUGCGUGGGGAUAGAAGAUGUAGCUCUUGAUGAUCUCAGCCAAUCCAAUGCAUUUUGUGUAGCUAAGACUACCCAAGCAGUCUUCUUAUUCUUUUCCAUAGUGAGGCUUUUGUGCGUGCAUGUGUUCAGCAUCUACAUACAGAGCAUGGAGACACUGAACGCAGAUGCUGAAUACAAUGCAACACUGAAAUCUAAAGCACCUCUAGGGGCCGUCUGAGUGGCUGCACCUUGAGGUGUUACUAGGCAGUAAUGUAGCCACCGCCUUUUCUCUUAAAAGCCAGUAUUUACAUUGUAAAACCUGUAUGGGCACACUAUACACACCAGAACAACUACAUUAAGCUAUAGUAGUUCUAGUGACUAUAGUGUCCCUUUAAGGGUCAAAGUUGCAAAGGCAAGCAAGAAAAAAAGAAAACUUGAGCUACAGUUGUACAUUGGCAAGAAUCUAGUAUUCCACAUCCUAUGAUAUCAUUUUGGAGAAUGAGGACUCUGAGCUGUGGGUUUGUCCAUUUGUCUCACAUCCUCAACCUUCCAAAGAAUCUUAGUAAGUCCAGGAAUUUUAUCAUUCAACCAAAGCGCUACUGAGCCUUUCAUGUAGCUAAGGCUACCCAUCGUAUUAUCACCAGAUAUCUUUAAACAUAACCCAUAUAUAUAGUUCACAAAUAACGCUUAAGUCUUGUAGAUAAAAAAAAAAAGUUUUAUUCAUUUUGACAUCAUGCAAAAAUAUAUAUAUCAUAUCAGUAAAAACAAAAUUUAUUUUAUCAAAAUUAAGAUACAAUAGAAUUUAUACUAAUUCAAUUACCUAAAAUAAAACAUUAAUAAAUAAUACAUUUCUAAUAAUAUUAUAUCACACACUAAUGAAAGAUGUGUAUGUAAACCAGGGCUGUCCAGUUCCACCUUUCCAAUCAUCAGGUUUAUUCCCAGGAAAGAAGGUAGCUGUUUUCAUACAACAGAUGGUGGGCUUUGGUUAGACCACUUAAGAGUUAUCUCUGGGCUUCGGGACAUGUCUGUCAACUUGGGAUUGGUGGAAGGAUAUUACAACUCUGGCCAAAAGUUCAGUUUAUACAUCAUAUAUCCCUCAUCAGCCUUCAGUCAAUGUUCCCAUUUUUUCAACUUUCUAGUUUCUUCUUCUGUCAAUCUAUCUUUGUUCUUUAUCCAAUUCCAUAUUUUGUUGCACUACCUGACUUACAGUGCAUGUGUCUCUAUUCCACAACUUACGCUCUCCUCACCCCCUUGCUGUGAUAGCCAUCCCAUGCACAGUGGGAGCGGUGACUGGAGUGUAGAAAGAGAGAGAGAGACACAGGGCAAGGAGCAUGGAGAAGAGACAAAAGAAUAUGGGAGAAAUAGGUACAGAAGUGGGAGUGAGGCAUGAAUUGAGGGAAGGUCAUAGGUAUUGAGAGAUGAAGAGGAAGCCAUAUUUGGAAGACUACUUGAGGUAGAAGACUCAAGAGACAGAAGAGCGAAGGUGAUAAAACUGGGUGACAAAAGGGAAAACUAAAUACAAGUGGAAGUCAGAAUUUAAUAUAAGCUGCGGUGGCUAUAGGACUUGGAGUGCCCCGAUAAGAGGAAGAGUGCAGGUUGCCAAUGAACAAAUCUGCACUGUCUACCAAAUACCCCAGGUAUUUCUCGGAGUAGCUAAUACCGGAAGACCUCAUGCCCCACAUGUUUAUCUUUUUGUUUCAUGUGCUGCUCAGUAUGCUGACACUAUAUAGAUGAUUAUAAUAUGAUGAUAAUACACUUAUUUUGCGUAAAUUGAACGUACUGUUUUAUUUGGAAACUACACCAUAUGUUCUCACUUAUGCUCCUUAAUCUACUGCUGCCCCGGUUUUAAUAAUUAGUAAUACUUUUAAAUCAUAUAUGCACACUAUUUUUUUUUAUAUUAAUCAACCACAACUUUGGCUUUUUUAACACCCUGACAGACCAAAAGUGCAAUGCAUGUUAUUCUGAAUGAUCUUCACCGUGAUGACUUUUUCAACAUCAUUACUUUCUCCGACGUGGUGCAAGUGUGGAAACCAGGACAUUCUAUCCAAGCAUCAGCUCAAAACGUGAAGUCUGCUAAAGAGUACGUCAAUACCAUUGAAGCUAACGGAUGUAAGUCGACUACGACAGGUUCUUAAACUUCUUGGUGUGUUCUUGAAGAUGGUUAUAGGAAUAAUAAAGAAAUAUACACUGUGAUUGGCUAGCUAGCAUGAAUAGAUCUGUGAGACGAGUAUAAACAAUGAAAAUUCAAGAUAUAAUGUUGCCUUCAAUAUACAAGGCAGUUUCUUCAGACUUUGAAGUUGCACUAAUUUGACAUUAAAAAAAAAUGAAUUAUUCAGGAACUUUUGUUUUAUAUAUUUUAGGGACUGAUAUUAAUGCUGCACUCCUGGCUGCUGCUUCCGUAUUCAACCAGACCUCUCCAAAGCAAGUAAAAGGUGCCAAACCGAGAAUACCCCUUAUCAUCUUCUUGACAGAUGGGGAAGCAACGUCAGGUGUGACGUCCACCAAUCGUAUUCUGGAUAAUGUGCACAAGGCCAUGGGAGAAAAUAUCUCACUUUUUUGCUUGGCUUUUGGAGAAGAUGCUGACUACAAUCUUAUGCGAAGGCUGUCCCUAGAGAACCGUGGCAUUGCACGACGCAUAUAUGAAUAUUCUGAUGCCACACUUCAAUUAAAAGGCUUUUACGAUGAAAUUGCCAGUCCACUACUAUUUGAUAUUGAGUUGGCCUACCUUGGAGAAACUACAUACAAUGUGACACAGACCCUGUUUCCUAAUUACUUUCAGGGCUCAGAACUGGUGGUAACAGGAAAACUGAGACCUGGUACCAAGAAUCUUAAAGUUCAUAUGACCGCUCAUGACCACAAGGCACAAUUGAGUUUGCAAAAUGAUAUUACCAUGGAAGACAAUGCCACGCAAGACAGCUUUGGAUGUUCAGGGAACAUAGAUGAAAUACAAUGGUUUGUCCAGAGACUCUGGGCCUAUUUCACCAUCCAGGAUUUGUUGCAGGCCAGGAUCAAAGCAAAUGACACUGUAGCACGACGUCUGUUGACUGAGAAAGCUACCAACUUAUCCCUCAAAUAUAACUUUGUAACACCUGUUACUUCCCUAAUUGUGGUCAAGCCAGAAGAUCCUGAGGAUACCACCACUCAAGCUGCUACUACUUCCACAGAAACCACCACAACUACUAUAUCCAGCACAUUUAGCACAAUCAGCACUGUUGCUUCUACAAGUACUGCUGUCUCGACAAAUAAAAUCACUGGUGGGUCCCAGGUUACCAAGCCUUUUACAAAAAAUGCCAAACCAUCAGCAACUUCCAUCAUUAGUACAAUUAGGCCAACAUCCCCCAAAACAACAAUUAGACCAACAUCCCCCAAAACAACAAUUAGACCAACAUCCCCCAAAAUAACAAUUAGACCAACAUCCCCCAAAACAACAAUUAGACCAACAUCCCCCAAAACAACAGUUAGACCAACAUCCCCAAGAACAACAAGUAGACCAACAUCCUCAAGAACAACAAUUAGACCAACAUCCCCUGGGACAACAAUUUCUGCAGUUACAGGAAGCAAAGACCAUGCUGGCAUUACUGCAGGGCCAACCACAAUUCCCUCUACCUUUGAGAAACUUACCUUAGUGUCACCAACUAAUUACUCACUUUUAACCCCUCAUCCAGACUCUCAUCAUAAUAUUCCUAGGAAUUCCACCAGCAGUAUACCACCACAGAACAUCUUAUCGGUGGCCCCAACUAAAGACAGAGCAGAUGAAUCUCCAUCCAUUAUUCUGACCUCAAUACGUCCGGCUAGCUUCUCAACUGUGCCAGUGGCAGAAAGCAGAACAGAGUUAUUGUCGGAAACCCUGUCUCCACCUUCUGAGGUCACCAGCCUUUUUAUGUCUGAACAUGGUGCAGAAGUGACCUCGGAUCCUACAUCACCCAUUUUUUUCCCUUCUCCCUUGAGACUUCUCAUUCUACCUGAUGAAGAACUGUACCAUGAAGUCACAUUACCAACAUUUGUGGAGUCCCUGCAUCCGCCUCCCAUGUAUAGUUUAUUAGAGGAGGUCUCAGGUAUGUUAAUUUAUGCAAAAGUUUAAAUACCCAUUUAACGUGGGCACAUUUUUAAAGGAACACGCCAAGUACCAUAGCCCCUACAGCACGCUGUAGUGGUUAUGGUACUAGGAGUUCCCAGACGCCUCCGCAAUGUAAGCAUUCAAAGCAUUUUAUAUCCAUUUAUACAUCAUUGCACAUAUUCAACACACACAGAAAGUCAACAUUUCAAUCACAAGCAGCUGUUAAUGGGCUCCCAACAUGACAGUAGGUCAAACCGUCACAAUGGUGUCUUUCGCCUGUGAAGAGAGAAGCCAAGCAUUAUAUUCAGAGCACUCAGGAUUUAAAAGAAAAAUUAAGGUAAAGCACAUUUGCUCCUGUACUCCAUUUAGUAUUCCUCCUUUCAAAGUAAGAAGAGAGAGAAGUGUGUUCCUUCUAUAAACAUAAAAGGAACGGAAUUCCACUGGGAAGAGCAGGAAAAAAAACAAUUUUGAACAUCUACACAGCUACAACUACACAGCACUCCAUAGUGUCUUUGAUUCGGGUAAUACGUAUAUUUCUUGCUUCCUUGCAGGGUAGCACUAUUACCUGUUGUAAGUAAAUUGAGGUCAUUUCUAAGCACUGCAUUUGUUAGCGACUCACCGAGUAGAACUAUAAGGGAAGUCUCUUUUCUUUACCUUGAUAGACAUCGCAGAGAUACAUAAAGAGUAGCCAGAACGUUGGCAAUAGUGCAGGCUGACUCCUAGUGAUCACUGCACAACUGACACAUGGCUGUGGUCACUACACCACCAUUUUUAAUCAGGAAUUUCCAGAAAAUUAGAAUGGUGGUCUGACAACCCUACUCUAAAAGGUCACGCAAGGCUGGCAUGACCCAUUCUGUUUGUAAUGCAUUAUAUUAAUGAAUUGAAAUGAUAACACAUUGCACCAUAUAUGUAUGGAUACUGCUGGUGCACCAUCAAUACAUUAAAUGUUUUAUAUGUAUGGGAGGAUCAUCACAAUCAGGGACCAGAUUAAAAUGUCCAGCUCUCUAUUUGACUUGAUAGAAUAUAGAUUAAAUGUUAAAAAAUUUAGGGAGUAAGCAUUUUGUUCUUACCUCACGCGGAAGCACUGGCAAGGUCUUCUAUAAAUUCCCAGAAGUCCACUUGAAAUUUCUAUUCUGGACUUCUGAAAAACUCUUCUUCAGCAAGAAGUCCACUGAGCUCAGUCAUCUAAUGGUUCUGAGGUCAUGCAGAAUUCCUCACUGUUCCAUUUCCACCUUUUUUCUCUCAAUAUAAUUACUGUGGAACGUUUACUAGAGAUGGUCAUAUAUAGGGAUUGCCACUGGGUCUGGGGUGAUAGGUUUCCAACUGGAGAUUCAGACCUGUUGUGUGAAGUGGUCCGUUCCUUCUCCUCCAACAAUAGGAACCACCACUGAAAUCCUUGCCCAUGAUGAAAAAGGUAUUGAUCCCUCUGCCCACUCCUCCUUCCAAGCAGGUAUCAAGCCCUCUACCUGUCCUUUAUCCACGUAAGAAGCAAUGUCUCUUUAUUGCAACGCUGCCUUUGCAAAGUUAGUUUUGACUCACAGACCGAACAGGUCAUCAGACUCUGUAGCAGUAACCCACUGUUUGAGAGCAGCGCAGAUCGAAAACAGGUUUUUAAACUUUUUCACUGGACUGCCUGAAAAAAAAAACAAGGCAAGAUACAUAGUAUCAUACAGAAAAGCACAUUUUUUAUUUAUUAAUUAAUGCAAAGAUUUGGUCUCAGCAACAGCCAUACCUUAUUAAAGGGACACUACAGGCACCCAAACCACUUCUGCCCAAUGGAGUGGUCUGGGUGCCAACUCCCACUACCCUUAACCCUGCAACUGUAAAUAUUGCAGUUUUCAUAAACUGCAAUAUUUACCUUGCAGGGUUAACUCCUCCUCUAGUGGCUGUCUCCAGUAAGUCUACUGGACAGCCACUAGAGGGCACUUCCUGGUUCAUAGCACAGAUUUGUGAGGACCUCCACACUAUGUGAGGACCUCCAGCAUCGCCCAUAGGGAAGCAUUGAAAGCAUUUUUUAAUGCUUUCCUAUCUGGAGGUCUCACCCCACCGGCGGCCGCGCAUGCGUAAUCGGUCUCCCCCGUCGGAUGACGGCGGGGGAGGAGCGUGGGCAGAUCCUGGACCAGCGCCGCGGCAACCUGGGAUGGGGGGUGGGAGGGAGAGGGGAAAUGCAAACCCCUUCAGCAACCUGGGAUGGGGGGUGGGAGGGAGAGGGGAAAUGCAGUGCCAGAAAAACGGUUUGUUGUCCUGGCACUGGAGUGUCCCUUUAAACUCAUCGUGACACUUGCCGAGAGAAAGUAAAAUGUAUACAAAUUAGGGGACACAAAACAAUUAACCAUGCCUUUUAAACAAGUAAUAAAUUAAAUGGGCACAGUAUUUUACAUUAAAUGGCCCCUUUGGUGAACUGGCAAUGAAACUAAUUUGCAUAAUGUAUAUAAAACUCACCCAUUGCCAAUUUCACCAACACCAACCAUGUGGAGCUCCUAGAAAAGAGGGAGAUUAGGAUAGAAAAGAGGUACAGAGGGAUUUGGGCCCAAAAUAGGGACUGUCCCUCCUAAAUAGGUACACUUGGGAAGUAUGCAGUUUACAUUUCAUUACAAUUAAUGUUCGAUGUAGUGUACAAACUCCCCAUUGUUCAUAAUGACGUAGUUUGAACAAAAGCUCUCUCUAACAAAAUGUAUCUUAUGAGUAAAACACACCUAUAUUUAGCAGUGUGCUCCUCUUGUUUUUGAGCAUACAUUUAAAUACAUAACAUUACUGGAAUAUUUUAUUAAUGCUGAUCUUUUCGAUUUGCAGGGGAAACAGAAAUGUACGAUUCAGAUGGUAAGGCCCAGCCUCCUCGACCUUUUUUUUUAGCUAUAUAUAAUUUUGUAUUUAAUGAUGCUUAAGAACACGUGUCCCUAGACAGGUUACUGAUUUUGGGUCCCCCUGUCUAACCCCUGGACACUAGGUGGCUGGCUAAGGUCACCAUAUGAUUAAUUGUACUCUGUGCCUAGAUGCUGUCCAUGCACUUUGACUAAUGUAAGCACUUUACGGCCAGUCCAUUUGAUGUACUGUAAAUGGGCACUUGGACCGUGCAGAUGGCAUUUCAGCAGCGCUCUCCACAUGGUCCUCAAUUUGGGGAGCUGGUCAGAAAGGCUCUCCAGCAGUCACCCUGGCAUGCUGUAUGCCAGGCAGACAAAACCAUUUCCAGAUAGGCCUGCCCAAUAUUGCAAUGCCCACUUAGGUCCUGCACAUCAGUCCCGUUCUCAUGUCUACGAAUGUUUUGAGGUAUUAGUACUGACAUUUGUGAGAAAUAGCAAUGUUUAUAUUUGUCAGUCUAUGUGCCUCUUGUUGUUGUCAAGCUACUAGAAGCACUUCCUAAUGAAGACUGUAAAAAAUGUACAUUCUUCCUGUUUAGCUUCAUGACGACACUGGAUGCGGUUACAUAGUUAUGUUUCUCAACGACUGUUGCGCAUGUGCAGUGCAGCAUUUAAUGUUUUUGGUUUUUUUUGCAGUGUUUACAUUAUAGCCUAGUGAUAACUCCACUGGCAACUCCUACACUGUGACUGAUAUUCAGUGUCUCCACCCUCUGCAUGGAGACACUGAACUUUCCUCAUAGAAAUGCAUUGAUUUAAUUCAUCUCUAUGAGGAGAUGUUGAUUGGCCAGGGAUGGGUUUGACUUGUGCUGGCUCUGCUCCUGAUCUGCCUCCUUGACAGUCUCAGCCAAUACUGUACAUUGUGAUUGGCUCACAGAAUCUAUUUUGAUGAUGUCAGCUAAGCAGGCAGAUCAGGGGCAGAGGCAGCAGCUGCAGACUUGAAUACAAGUAAGAUUUUACUAUAUUUAGGGAGGCAAGGGGAGGAGUCAGAUGGUGCUUUUAACACUAAAGGGUCAGGAAUACAUGUUAGUGUUCCUGGCCCUGUAGUGUUCCUUUAAGCUCUAUUUCAUAGGGAAGUAAAUGGUGUUGCAAGAGUCUAAAAAUGAGACUUCCCGGUCUCCCUUUGCAAUCCAUAACUUAAAGGGACACCAUCACAUUAACACAAUGGGACAGGCGUCCAUUCACUAUUGUUCUAGAGAGAGCUACAUAGUUGUCUAUCGCAUAGGGGACAUUUAUAAUAAAGUGAUGGUACAAUCGUAAACUGCAGGGAAAUUAAAUAUGGAAAAUUGAGAUAUAUGAUCUUUUAGUUUCCUUACCCAUAUUUUGGUUUCCUUACCCACAUUUUAUUUUUCAGACCUUUUGUAUCAAAAAAGUUUUGAUGACGAUGAAGAUUUUGAUAGUAAGUAUUUGUACCAUCAGCUGGUAGUAGGUGGGUUGUGAACAUUGUUUCAUGUAAUUAUAAUGUAUCCUCACAUGAGAAUGAAUUUAAUCCAUCAUAACAGCAGAGUUAUUCACUGAAGUGAGAAUUGUUCGGGAAUUCAAAGUGGAUUCCAAAUUUAAGGACAAAAUAGCCAAAACUGGAAAAAUUCUCCAACUGAGCUAUGUUUCUAGUUUGCCUACUUUGGCCUUAAAUUUCAAUUCAUGUUGAAUUCCUUAGAAUUCUCACUUGAAGUGAAUAAACCUGAAUGGCUAUUACUAGAGUAAAGAUUCUCAUAAUAUUUUAAAAAAUAAAUAAAAACAAAUUUUGUGUGUCAUAAAGUCCCCCCUUUCAUGCUGUGGAAUCAAUAUCUCCAUGGGACAUUCUCGUGCAGGUUCGGCGCAAACAAAGUGGCACAGGCAGCCACCUUAGGGCACACCAGGCCGGGGAAGCACAGAAUCCGAGUGACUGGCAGGAGGGAAGCACACAGCACAUCGCUCCCCCUCUAGCCAGUCAUAGAAUGUAGUGUGGCUGAGCCACGGACUGCGGUAGAGGAGCUUCUGUAACCUCUACACUCGUGUUAUCCAACCCAAUCCUCAUAGACCACCAACAGUCCAGGAUUUAUGCAUUUCCCUGUUUUAUUCCAAUGGAGAUACUGAUAAGACCUGGACUGUUGGUGGUCCAUGAGGACUGGGUUGAAAAACACUACUUUAGACAGUCUGACAGGAAGUGCUCACAGAAAGCACCAAACAGCUUCCUGUCAGACCGGGUAGAGGAAAUAGAAGAUCUUCUACUGCGGCUCAGCCACGCUACAGGUAAGCUGGCAGGGGGGUGGACAGAGAGACCUCAAAGGGGAAGGGGGUACAAAGAGAAAGACAAGGGAUUAGGGGGAAACAUCCAGAGCGGCUGGGGGAAGACAAACAGACACAAAUGGGCUGACGGGAGCAAAGGAUAAGGUGGUGAGAGUUAGAGACACACAGAAUGACUAGGGGGAUGAAGACACAUAGAGGGGGUGAGAAAGGGGAGAAAAAGAUACACAAAAAGGGCUGUGGGGACAAAGCACAGCAUCUUUGCCUGUGUAGCCAAAAAUCCUUGCACUGGCCUUGUUCUCGUGCUGCCUUCUUUUAAGGACCCCCUGGGAAACAAGUAAUAGUAAUGCUGUCAGACCUCUUUUUAACAGUUUGUCCAAUGCAACAUGCUCUAUAUGACAACUAUAUGUGACCUUCAUAUUUUCUCUCUUAAAGUGCUGCUUUCUGGUGUCCCUGGACUUCAAACUUUCAUGUCUUCAGGUGAGUUUACAUUUUCUGUUUCAUGUUGAACUCUUUUUAAUUAAGCCGAAAUUGAAAGAGUACACAUAUGUGCGUGUUUGAGAGACCAACUGUAGCGUUGACAUGUCCUAAGUUUUUCCUUUAAUUUAUAUCACCGUAUUAUUGACUUUGGAAAAUUACUUGAUGUAGAGUGGUCAACUCUGGAUUUACAGCUCGGAAGCAACAAGUGUAUUUUCCGGAUAUAUGGUGACAAUACAAUAGAGAUGUACUCUUACCAUGGGACAAGCAUCUGAAAUAAAAAAUUAACAUAAAAGUUCCUCCCCCAACAGGUAUAAGACACAAACCUGCCAUGGACCCUCAGUUCUUUUUCUUGUGCCAUCAGGAACAGACGGCAUCUGGAAUUUGUGGUGAGGCACAUGGGUUUCUGCCAGGGGGAUCCGGCCUGAUAGCCUCCUAGGUAGAGAGCUAAGUGGCCUGCGUGCAUCCUGCAGGACUAAUGGAGCAGGUAUGUUUCACUUGCUUUAUGCUGGCAAAGCAAAGAGGAGGUCUCUAGCGGCAACAAGUCACUGCCCGAGUGAGAUGCAUGCACACAGCACUGGAACGCACGCCCAGGAGGUAAUGCGUUCCACUGGAGUUCUGACCGCACUACUGCGCAUGCCCGUUCGGAAUUCACGGAAAUAGCGCCAAAUUUGAAUGAAUGCUGCCUAUUUAAGCUGUGCAGAUCCAGGUCCAGCAUGGAUGCUUGACAGGAAGGAUCUCACAUGUCAUCAGCCCCCCACACGGGUCAGAGGUUUUAGAGGUGAGAUUUUUCAGUCUCUGAUCUUUAAGACCUCUUAAAUUUACUUACAUUUUCAACAAUUUCAUAAUUGCUUUACAUUUUGCAGAUAUGUCUGCUCCUGUCUCUCCAGAUAUUAUGGAUAAAGACAAGGUGCCUGCUCCUACUGCUAAAAAAGCCAGUUAUAAGUUGUAGUGAAUGCUCCACACCACUACCAGAUGGUACUUAAAGGAAAAUCUGCAACCACUGUUCGUCCUUAUCACUGGAAAAGUCCAAGCAACAGGACAUGGUCAUUCUUAUCUUGGUUUCAAGACAAUCUGGCCCAGCCAUUUGAGUAAAAGAUUCUGCAAAGUUGAAUGUAACAGCACCCGUUAAAGCUACAGCCAAACAGAGGCAAAAACGGAAGAGAUCUUCUUCUAGAUCAGAGAUGUUCUAUGUCUUCCUAUUCAGAAACUUCCAGCGAUUCUUCUGUGACAGAACUCCGUUUCCCACAUGAAGAAUUAAGAAAAAUGUAAUAAGGAAGUUAAUGUUGCCGUCUCAGAAGAAACAUGAGAUAAAGCAAGUAAAAAAAGCUUUUCCUGUUCCACAGCAGAUUACGGAGCUUAAGUACAGAGAAUGGAAAAACCCUGAAAAAAGGGGGUUUAUUUCCAGGCAUUUCAAGAGCAUCAUAACGCUGCAAGGAGAAGACAAGUGGGAAGACUGGCCAGUCGUUAAUGGACAAGUUGCUCAGUUGUCUAAAAAGACCAUUAUACCGAUUGGAGAAGACUCUGGAUCUAAAGACCCUAUAGAUAAAAGGGCUGAAACGUCCAGCAGACGAGCAUAUCAGGCAGCAGGAUUUCACGCUAAAGCGGCAUUGGCAGGAGCUUCAGUGGCUAAAGCUCAGUAUUAUUGGAUUUAGGGAUUGGAAGAUAGCCUGAUAGAAAACCAGGACAAAGAUCUCUCUCACCUGUUCCACAAUUUGAAGUUAUCUUAUGAUUACCUGCUAGAUGUUAUCACAGAGGUGAUUAAACUUUCUGCUUGUGUCAUGGGCCUGACAUCUGUAGCCCGCAGGGCACUUUGGAUUAAAGCAUGUGUGGCUGAAACGGCCUCAAAGUCUGCACUUUGUUGUGAACUGCCUUUGGAGAGGAAGAAAUUAUUUAGUUCUCCUUUGGUAGAAUUAAUCAGACAGAUGUCAGAAACCAAAAAAGCUUUCCAUCAGGACAGGAAGUAUUCCUGGAAGCCCAGAUACAAAAACUUCCAAUACAAGAACCGCAGGGGGUAUCAAGAAAAACCCAGGUCUUUUCAUCAACAAAAGGAAAGAUCCUAAGUUUGAUGCAAACAAAGACUUCAAGACUGACAGAGCAAAAAGAUUCUGAUGCCAUACGAGUAGGCAGACGGAUACAACAAUUUGCUCACAGAUGGAGAGAGACCACUGCAAAUCCAUGGAUUUUGAAUCUAGUUGCAAAAGGAUACAAAAUAAAGUUCUUGGAAGUACCAAGACCAAAAAAAAACAAAACAAACCAAGCUCUAUUCUCCGCUAUGGUUACUCUUUUAAAGAAAGGUGUUGUAGAAAGAGUUCCAAGAGCCCAGCUAUAUCAGGGUGUCUACUCUAGGCCGUUUCUGGUCCCAAAACCAGAUUUGUCCUUUUUUCCCAUUAUGGAUCUAAAAAGGAUUUGAAAGAUGCCUACCUUCACUUUCCUAUGGACGUUGGCUCAAAAAACUACCUGCAAUUUGCCAUAAGAGAGGGUCAUAAGGUUCAUCACUUUCAAUUCAAAGCUCUUCCAUUCGGUCUUACCUCAGCUCCCAGGAUUUUUAAAAAGGUUCUCGUGCAUAUCACAGCCUUCUUAAGGGUACAAGGUAUCACGGUUGUUACAUACUUGGACGACUGGUUCAUAAAGGCAAAAUCAAGAGACGCACUAGAGACGGAUGAGGAUUACACACUAAAAAUCCUGGAAAGAACAUGGUUAAGUAAUAAACCUAGGGAAAUCUCAUCUGCAUCCCACAAGGUAAAUUCAGGGUCUAUGUUUUUUUAGAUCAAGUCAGACACUCCUACGGGAAAAAGAAGAAAGAUAAAGAAGCUGACAAAAGAACUUCAGAGAGAGCCAAAAUGCUCUGUGAGGAAAGCUAUGCAGGUGUUGGGACACCUCACUUUCACUAUCCCAGCAGUAAAAUGGGCCAGAGCAGAAUCAAGGCCUUUGCCGUGGGAAAUUCUUCUAAAAUGGUCAAAGAAAGAAGAAGACUUGGAUUAUUUACUAAACAUUUCAGAUCCUGUAAGAAGACAACUAGAUUGGUUGCAAAAGACCAGUUUCAUGUCAGAAGGUCUAUCAAAAAAGCCAAAAAGGUCAUAAUCACCACAGAUGUUUUGAAUACAGGUUGGGGUGCUCACUUGCAGUAUCACUUAAGGCAAGGUACAUGGUCAGAAGAGAAAAAAAAGGGAAUCCUCAGAUUACAAGGAGUUGAUAACCGUUUUAUAUGCUCUUCAUCAGUUCAGAGAUCUCAAUAUGGGGAAAACUGUGAAAAUUCAGUCAGACAACCAGACUAGGUGUCUUACCUGAACAAACAAGGGGGCACAAGGAUAAAAAAAUUGCACUCAAGUCAUCUAGAAGACAUAUCCGCUACUCAUAUAAGAGGAAUAGACAAUGUUAUUGCAGAUGACUUAAGCAGAUCAAGAUGGUCCCAAAACGAGUGGUCUCUAAAUCCGGUCAUUUUUUAUCAGCUGGUGAAGAUAUUCGGCCUGCCAGUCAUCGAUCUAAUGGCAAGAAGGUCAAAUACAAAGGUGAAAACAUUUGCUUCACUCUUCAAGGCAGACAUGCCUCUGGUUCUGGAUGGGCUGUCAAUCAAAUAGGACUUCAGUCUGUCAUACAUAUUUAAAGACAGGUAACACAAAGGUAGGGUAGGGCUGCGCCACAGUACAACAAUAAAAUGUAGGUAUAUGUAUUUAUAGUUCCAAGAGUCUUGUAUAAGGUACUUGAAAUCAAUAGGGUCUUUGGAGCCAGAAGAUAGAGAUAUUUGCACUUUGCAGAUGUUCAUAUAUACAGAGAGGGGCGAUAAGAAAGGAAGAGGCGAAUAGUGCAUUAAGUCUCACUGGGUAUAGAUAAGACAGUAAAAUAAUAGGGUUACACUCAUAUUUAGUAGAGCUUAAGCCAGCUCUGGUGUGUAUAGCGUACAGGGGUACAAUCCCUACUUAAAGCAUAUAACGUGAGUGUUCUUAAUGAUGAAGGUGUUGGGGACCCAAAAUGACAAAAUAAAAGGCAACAAUAGUGCUCUUAAUAACAUAUAAAUAGUCGGUAAGAUAUAAUAAAAAUUAGACUCACAAAAGAUAGAGCAGGCUAACUGCUCUAUGGCAACAGCAUCAGUGGUAUGAUCCCCACCUGGGAUUCUUUGGAGUAGAGGAGGGUAAAAGUUUUUGGUGCCAUGUUGUUUUAAGAAUAAAAUAAUAUAAUAGUAAAAGAUAGUGGCACAAAUAAAAAAGUGACCAAAAUCUAUUUAUUAGCUAAAAAAACAAUUGCAAACAUCCAAACACGUUUCACCAUAAGAGGCUUUAUAAAUGGAGUAAAAACAUUCAACCUGGCAUGUUAAGGUUUAUAUAGGUAUAAAACAAAUUAAAAUUGGUGCCAAAAUUGCUUCGUCCAAUAAUAGAGCAGAAUAUGUAAGCAUAUAAAUAACAACAUAAGAAAUCUAAAUAUUUGAAGAUCUAACAUUAGGGAAUCCAAAUAUACACAAUUUUAUAUAAAACAAGCAUUUAAUAGGUUUAUUUUCGGCAUUGAUUGCUGAAACACGUCAUGCGCGUCAUCAGCUCGUCAUAAUUGCCCGGCCGCUAUGCCUUAUGGGGGCUGUAGUACUGGGAUAGUAAACUACUCUGGAAAGAUGGCUCGUGGACACUAUUAAAUUAGCUUAUUCUUCAUCAAAUUUGCCUUUGCCUACCUCCUUGAAAGCUCAUUCUUCGAGAGCCAUGGCUGCUUCCUGGGCCGAAAGAGCACAAGCUUCACCUGAAGAUAUCUGCUUCGUCAAGCAUUACAGACUAGACGUAUUCUCUGCCUCUGAUGCUGCUUUCGGACACAAGGUGUUAAAAGUGGUGGUAGCAUGAUUCCAGCCCAUAGCUCUGGGAUCUCGAUAUAUCCCUAUUGUAAUGCCACCAUAUGUCAGGAAAAACUGCAAUCUUACUCACCAUAAAUUCCUUUUUCCUUAAUAUGGUAGCAUUACAUCACUCCCUCCCUUUAUUAAUACAAUUUGAUAUUUUUGCAGUAUUCAGUCUGUGAUGUUUUAUUGGGACGUACUGAGGGUCCAUGGCAGGUUGGUGUCUAAUACCUGUUGGGGGAGAAACUUUUAUGUUAAUUUUUUAUUUCAGAUGCUUGCCCCAUGGGAAGAGUACAUGCCUAUUGUACUCUAUUGUACUGAUCCUUUUAAAACAAGAUCAAAAUGAAUUAGAGGGUCUAUUAAAUAGUGGGUUGGACAUGGGAACAAUGGUAGAUACAACUAAUGAACCGCUAUACAGGUCAUGUUGGUGCAGCAUUCUUUAAAAUAAUUCUAUAGCCAAAUGCCCAGUGGUUUAACGGGAAAAAAUACCAGUUGUCCUUGGUCAAUAGCUGUUCUAGACCAGUUCACAGCAAUGAGGUUCUGGAUCGUACAAAUUAUUUCUCCUGCAUUUACAAUUAAUUCUCAUUUUAUUAAUUUUGAUCUUCUUCUGUUGUCUAACAGUUGAUGGAGACCCACAUUUUGUAGUGAAUCUACCACGUAGCCAAGAAAAGCUGUGUUUUACUUUAGACGGACGACCAGGGGAUAUUCUGCGACUUGUUUCAGAUUCUUCUACAGGUAUAAAAAAAUAAUAAUAAAAAUGAUAUAUAUAUAUAUAUAUAUAUAUAUAUAUAUAUAUAUAUAUAUAUAUAUAUAUAUAUUCAGAUCUCAGUACAUUCUGAGUUUUGUUUUUUUCUUGGCCGAUAACUUUCUAUAUAUAAGUAUGCUGAUCCUUCAUUAUCUAGAUAAAAAGAGUGUAAAUAAUAUGUUAUAAUGCCCAUGAGCAAAUCAAUAUAUUUGGGCAUUGGGUCGUUAAACACAGUCUUAUCAACUGCUGAUCCAUAGAUUGUAUCAUUACCUAUAAGACAUAAAUCACUUGUUAAAUACACUGAACAAAAGAAAGACUUAAAGUGAGUUCGUAUGGAAGUUUCAUUGAGUAAUUUUUAUUUUAUUUUAUUUUUUAAAUUCAAGGUUUUUAUUAUUUUCAAGUUAUAAAAAGGGGUUGUUGCGGUACAGAAAGGAAGAAGGGUUGGGGCGGGGGGGAGGGUAACAGGGUCUUAGGACCAGUCGUCCAUGUUCUCAUUGUUAUGACAGAAUAUUAUUCUUUGACAUGGAAUUACAUGACAGUCGUAUUGUACAUUAUGAGCAAUAUCAUUGAGUAAUUUAACAGAGUAAAAGCCUACAAACAAUUAAAUACCAGGGAUUUAGUAUAAUUAUGAUCACCAUAUUGGAUAUGCGGAUAUAUUGAAGUGUAUUAUAUUGAAAUUAUAUUGAAAUCAGUACAUUAUUUGUUAGCCUAUACAGUGGUUCGUUUGAGGGGCCGCACAUACAGGAAACCAAAUGUUCAUUGAUGUUUUAUUUCAAAACUUACCUUGGCUUAAUUAUUUCUCACAUAAAGUCAGAUUCGGAUUGAAGCAUGACAUCAGUGGUUUAUCAAGCAUAUUCAUUGGAUCAUACAAAACAUUACCUGUUCGUUUGUUAAUUAUGUGAUUGUUUGCCUAUUAUAAAGAAAACUUUAUCUUCUACAGGAAUCACUGUGAAUGGACAUUUGAUGCAAGCCCCUUUUAAAAUUGGCUCUGAAAACAGAAUACGCACCUAUCUCGACAUUAUCACUAUCAUUGUCAACCAGACACAUGCCAACUACAUCAUCAAUAUAUCACUCAACACUUUGACUCUCAAAGGAGAAGACCAGCUCUCCCUCCCGCUCAAUCAUCCAGCUUUUCUACAGAAACCACGACUUGCUAUCAAAGUGUCACCUUCCUCCAAUGUCACCAUUUGGAUUGGGCAUGAUGUGGAGCUACUGAUUAUGUUCCAUCAGUACCGCCAUCCAACAUAUCUGCAAUUGGACCACUUGGGCUUUUACAUUGUGAAUGGAAAAGGGCUAUCAUCACAUUCUGCCGGUCUGCUAGGUUAGCAAAUCACUUUUUUCCCCCCUUUUAUUGCUUUAGCUAGGCACAUGGAUAACACUCUUUGAGCAAAUCCCAAUAAAAGUGUUGUAAAUAAUGCAUUUCUUUGUUUAUUGCUUAGAUCUGGGUUUUUUCAAACUCUGGCCCUCCAUAUGUUGCUUAACUACAACUCCCAUGAUUCUUUGAAUGAAUUACAUAGCCAGAGAGUUGUAGCUCACCAACAUCUGAAGGGCCUUCUAUACAACACUUUUAUUGGGAUUUGCUCAAAGAGUGUUGUUAUCCAGGUGACUAGCGAAAGCAAACAAAAACCAAAACAUGAAAUAUCAAUUUGAGCAGAAUAAUAUUCAUAAUCUGAAAUGAAUACAAUUGAUUUACAGAGAUAUAUCAAUCUUCUCCGCUAGACUAGCACUUUUUAUAUAAAUCACACUAGUCCAUCGUAGUGCAUUACAAUAGGGGUGAGUUUCUUUUGAAAAACACCUUAACGUUCUUUGUAUUUAUUUCCCAGGUCAAUUCCAGAAUGCACAAAUAGAAGUCACAGAGAAAAAGGAAAGCAACGAGUUGACAUUCUUAGCCAUCGUGACACGAAAGAACCACACUGCUCCAGCUACUCUUGUUUUGAAAUCAAUGAAGGACUCCCCGGCACGCACGCACAUGUCCAAGUGCUGGUUGGUAAAACAUGGGGAUAUAGAAAACAUUCUUGAUGGAAAAUACAUCUCAUACGUAGUAACGGACCUUCAGGAACUAUAAAAAAAAAAAAUCACAAAUAAGAAUUCAGAUAGAAUACCGGACUGUUGUGAUGAUGGCAAAUUAGAUACAGAAGCCAAGAGAACUUACUGGUUAACAUUAGUAAAGAUAGUCGUUUCAGCUAAUAUUGUGGACAUCGAUAAACAUCCCUCAGAAGGUCAAAGUUCUAGAACGUCAUCUGGAGCUAGAGCCAAUAUAGGCAACAGUGGACUUCCUUCUCUUGUUCGACUACUUUUCUCAUCAGCCAGAGUAUCUAUAUGAAGCUGAUCGGAACUGUAGAUUAUCGGAGAGUAGAGUAGAAAAUGCACUGAAAGAUUCUGUGUACAACAUGUCGGACUCACCAACAUUAACCUAGCAGAUCUUGUCAUGGAUCGGUCAACAAUUAAACAAAAAAAACUAUUGUAAAGUAUACGAAUAACUAUAUAUAUAUGUAUAAUAGGUUAUUCUAAUCUGUUGUGUAUAUGUAAACAAAAUGUGAUAUGGAGACAGAAUGGCUGAUUAAAGGGGCAGCUUUGUACAAUAUGUUGAAAACACACCUAUGCGGAAUCGAAAGCUGUGGAUCUAUUGAAUCUAAUGAGAGAAAAAAGAUUUCUGUGAUUAUUGUAUCUAUCCAAAUACCUUACUGUCCAAAUACAAAGGAAUUCCUCUUAUUUUAUAGCGUGGAUUUACCGCAUAAGAAAUACAAUUUAGUGGUACUUCCAUUUAAAUGUCCAUCUCUGAGAUAAAAAAAAAAAGAAAUGUGUCCCUCCCUUAGUGAUGUCUUCUUCAGGCUGAUAUUCACAUGCACAGGCUGUAUCCAUUUAAUUUUGUUUAAUGAAUGAGGAGCUACAAGUAACUUUGUUGCACAAUCUUCUGAUUGGCCUAAAUAAAGCAACACCGUGCAGAAGUUUAUGGGUAAUAUAGAUCUAAAAUGUUCUAUUUUUGUAUCUAAUUACUUUCCCUUUAAAGAGGCUUAGAGGAAAGUCGAUUUUGCAUUAUUUGCAGUGAGUAAAAACAUGGAUGUAGUUUAAUGCAAAUAAAUAAAUCAGAAUGAAUAAUUUGUAUGAUGCUCUGUCCGAUGAACGUUUGAACAUUUUGUGUCUGAUUUGGUUAAUUACC